CAGACACUCGUCUGCUGAGAUCAGGAGACACUUUGGUGGGACGAAUGGCUCCCCUCAGGUCUCCAAGCAACACAGUCGUCAUGGCUCCAACACAUCUGCCUCCAUGUGCUUCACCGUGGUGAGUUACAGUACUACCACAACUAACUGUACCUUUUCAUGGGUAGCAGCAAAUAGCACUACGGUAUAAUAUUUAGCUACCCUAAGGAGAUGGAUUCUGAGUGAGACUCUCAGACAGUAUUUUGUGCUGUAGGCCUAAAAAUGUAAUCCUAAAGAGGGAUUUUGUCCCACCAGACAUUGUGACCCCUCACUUAUUCUCUGUCUCUACUCGCUCUCUCUCGUACUAAGUGCACUAAUACCUCUCUAUAUUUGACAGGCUUAAGGCGUCAGGAUUUACUGUAAGUCUCUCCAUAUCUCUCUGACUUUAGGCUUCAGCCCUUUGAUAUGUCUCUGUCAGCUGACUAGGCCAGAGGAGGGAGAGUUGGCCCAUCCCCUAGUUAUUAUUAUGGUCAAUGUCCAACCUGCUUGGGAAAUUGGUCAGGGCUCAGGCUACUGUAGAGAGCCUGUAGUCCCCUGUAGCUCAGUUGGUAGAGCAUGGCGCUUGCAAUGCCAGGGUUGUGCGUUCGUUUCCCAUGGGGGGGCCAGUAUGAAAAUGUAUGCACUCACUUAACUGUAAGUCGCUCUGGAUAAGAGCGUCUGCUAAAUGACAAAAAAUAAAUAAAAAAUAUGGGACAGCCUGCUUACCUUCCAGUUUACACUGGCAAAUAUGUAAUAUCUGUGGAUUUGCAAUGCGGGAGUGCGGUUUUUAAUAACAUAAUCUGCAUGUUGAUAUUUUCCCAUGGUGCAUCAUCAGUGGAGGAGCUCAGUGGAGCUGCAGGCAGAUGUGUGGGAUGAUUAUUGUUAUGAUUCAUCUCUAUUUUUAGGACUUAUAAUGAUGAGUAUUGUUAUUAGUUAAUAAUAAUUUCCAAAAUGAUGGAUGACGUGUGUGUGUGUGUUGCGCUUGUCUGUGCGUGCCCACUUUUGUGAGAGUGUACACUUGCUUGUGUGUGUGGUGGGGUUCUGUCUCUAGAAACACGAGAUGAUUGGUGGAGGCCUUGUUGAUGUCACUUCCUGUAGUCAAGUGUUUUACCUCGCUUGUGUUUACCACCGCUCCGUACCAAAUCAGCUCCUUGUCACUUCCCUUACCUACUUCAUGUAGAGACCUAAAAACAUUGGAUAGGUACAGUGGGGAAAAAAAGUAUUUAGUCAGCCACCAAUUGUGCAAGUUCUCCCACUUAAAAAGAUGAGAGAGGCCUGUAAUUUUCAUCAUAGGUACACGUCAACUAUGACAGACAAAUUGAGAUUUUUUUUCUCCAGAAAAUCACAUUGUAGGAUUUUUAAUGAAUUUAUUUGCAAAUUAUGGUGGAAAAUAACUAUUUGGUCACCUACAAACAAGCAAGAUUUCUGGCUCUCACAGACCUGUAACUUCUUCUUUAAGAGGCUCCUCUGUCCUCCACUCGUUACCUGUAUUAAUGGCACCUGUUUGAACUUGUUAUCAGUAUAAAAGACACCUGUACACAACCUCAAACAGUCACACUCCAAACUCCACUAUGGCCAAGACCAAAGAGCUGUCAAAGGACACCAGAAACAAAAUUGUAGACCUGCACCAGGCUGGGAAGACUGAAUCUGCAAUAGGUAAGCAGCUUGGUUAGAAGAAAUCAACUGUGGGAGCAAUUAUUAGGAAAUGGAAGACAUACAAGACCACUGAUAAUCUCCCUCGAUCUGGGGCUCCACGCAAGAUCUCACCCCGUGGGGUCAAAAUGAUCACAAGAACGGUGAGCAAAAAUCCCAGAACCACACGGGGGGACCUAGUGAAUGACCUGCAGAGAGCUGGGACCAAAGUAACAAAGCCUACCAUCAGUAACACACUACGCCGCCAGGGACUCAAAUCCUGCAGUGCCAGACGUGUCCCCCUGCUUAAGCCAGUACAUGUCCAGGCCCAUCUGAAGUUUGUUAGAGUGCAUUUGGAUGAUCCAGAAGAGGAUUGGGAGAAUGUCAUAUGGUCAGAUGAAACCAAAAUAUAACUUUUUGGGCAAAACUCAACUCGUCGUGUUUGGAGGACAAAGAAUGCUGAGUUGCAUCCAAAGAACACCAUACCUACUGUGAAGCAUGGGGGUGGAAACAUCAUGCUUUGGGGCUGUUUUUCUGCAAAGGGACCAGGACGACUGAUCCGUGUAAAGGAAAGAAUGAAUGGGGCCAUGUAUCGUGAGAUUUUGAGUGAAAACCUCCUUCCAUCAGCAAGGGCAUUGAAGAUGAAACGUGGCUGGGUCUUUCAGCAUGACAAUGAUCCCAAACACACCGCCCGGGCAACGAAGGAGUGGCUUCGUAAGAAGUAUUUCAAGGUCCUGGAGUGGCCUAGCCAGUCUCCAGAUCUCAACCCCAUAGAAAAUCUUUGGAGGGAGUUGAAAGUCCGUGAUGCCCAGCGACAGCCCCAAAACAUCACUGCUCUAGAGGAGAUCUGCAUGGAGGAAUGGGCCAAAAUACCAGCAACAGUGUGUGAAAACCUUGUGAAGACUUACAGAAAACGUUUGACCAGUGUCAUUGCCAACAAAGGGUAUAUAACAAAGUAUUGAGAAACUUUUGUUAUUGACCAAAUACUUAUUUUCCACCAUAAUUUGCAAAUAAAUUCAUUAAAAAUCCUACAAUGUGAUUUUCUGGAAUUUUUUUUCUCAUUUUGUCUGUCAAAGUUGACUUGUACCUAUGAUGAAAAUUACAGGCGUCUCUCAUCUUUUUAAGUGGGAGAACUUGCACAAUUGGUGGUUGACUAAAUACUUUUUUCCCCCCACUGUAUUAGCAAAAUGUUGAUGGCUCCACUUUGCCCUCUGAAAGGCUAGGAGUAAUUCCACUAUGUUGCUUAUACCUAUCCACUCCUUUCACAUCUACACAAGUGCCUUGGGGUAGGGGCUAGGAGUCACUUUGGAAUUGGGUCUGAGAGUCCCGGAGUCUUGUGAGACUCUUCUUGUUUCCGGAAUGUACCAUUUUGUCAACUUCCCUCGUACAUGUUGAAUAUUCAGCAAGGUAAGUCUACUUCCAAUUCAGUGUACCUGUGUUGUUAUAUUUCUACUAACAGUCAUCUUGAGACUUACACUUUUAUGUUUAAGAUGUGUGUGUAAGCAGCCAGUGUUGAGUUUAGAGGCAGGUAAUGUGUUGUUAGACUGGGUAUUUGGUACAGCCUGUGUGUAGUAGUUUCCUCUUAGGGAUGUAGGUUACUGGUUAUUCAUAAGGCAAGAUAUAUAUAUAUAUUGGACAAAACACUACACACCCCCAAGACAAAACAACAAAUGUGUAUAUUAGUAGUCUUAAUAGUCUGACUGCUGGAAUGGACAACAGCCUGUUGCUGGCCCAGCUGAGAGCAUUGCUCCAUAGUGCAGCAUGCCUGGGAGUUAGGACAGAGGUAUGCGUAGAUUUGCAUUUAUUUGUUUAAUUUGGCUCCCAUGCUAAGGAAGGGAAAGAGAACAUACAGUAUAUUAUGAAAGGAGAUAUGUAGCCAUGAUUCCCCAAACAUUUAAAUGUCUGAGGUUCACUCAAAUAUCUUAGGGAGUAUUAGGAUGCUUGUCCAGAUUCACUCCUCACACUAAACAAAAUACAACUAAUGAAGCCUUGUACCAUCUGGUAGGGACAUACCAUUUAUUUUGAAUGCAUCAUCACCCUCUUUUUUUGGCUUUCUAUCUACCUCUGGUCUUUCUCUCUGUGUUGCAAGUUCCUGUUUUCCACCUAGCAUGGCACUGGUGUAGUAAAAAACUUCACGGAUUAUGUAAAAAACAUGUCAGAGCAAAAGGAAUCCAGGACUGCUUUCACCUCUGUUUAACACUCUGCUGCAUUUCUUUUCCUUAUUUUAUUUUAUUUUCUCUUCUCUUUUUCUUUUCUUUUCUUUCUUUGACACUUGGCACUGAGUCUUGUUGCAGAGAGCAGCAUUUACAAAACAGAUGGAAGCACAACAGUUCACUUUCUUUUUCUGGACACUAACAUUUUCAUUUUAGUCCGCUGUGAUCAAUGUAACAAAUCUAGGCUUUGGAACAUUGCUCACUGAAGCAGCCGGAUGUAUGAUCAGAUAUGUGGUCGUCGUAUGCACAGGUUCAGCUCUACAGCCCUCUCUCAGAAACACCUGCACUACCCUCCUGUCAUGCCAUGCCCUCACAUACAGUCCAUAGAAAUGAAGAAUGAUACAGAUCUGGAAUACAUGCAGUAUCACUAUGAUGCAGCCUCUCAUCUACGAUAGUCAUCCGAUGGCCUUCUCUGGUGACAAAAAGCAUGUUUAUUUCUUUGACUCUUUUAUCACAGACUUGUGUGGGAUAAGGCUGUAGGUGUGAAGUUGUUGCAUUGCCAGCUUUUCUGAAGGGCUCUCCAGAUUAUUCUCCAUUCAGAUCCUCUUUGCUUGAGUUGUCUUACUACAUUAUCGCUAUUUUUACAACAGUAAACUGGAGUUCUUAAAGGCCUAUUGAAGGUUUCCGAGCCACACUUCACAGAUUACCAUAUAAUAAUUGAACUACUGUAUAUGUAACCACACAGUUACUGCUCUAGUGAUGUAAUUAGAAGAGAAUUUGGCAAGUGCCAUUGUAUUACCAUUGUUUUUGUAUUAUGUGCGUGUCUUACAGCUUCCAUGUUUAGAGUAAUUCCAUUGAAGACCACAGUAGUUACAGAGUACCUACACAGUAUAACACCAACUGAACAAAACUGUUUUUGUCUGUAAUGAUGUUCCACACAUGACACUUCUCACGUCAAUCAUAUGAACUGUCAUGAAGGGUCAGUCACCCCUUAGGAUAGGGAGUUAUAGGGGCAUAGUUCCCCAGGGGUUGCAGAGGGUUAGACUCUUAUGAGGAGGAUUAAUGGACUAAUGUGAUAGGAAUGGAUAAUGGUCUAUCUAAAUGUAAAGUUUCCAUCUAAAGGUAUGUAAAGUUACCUCAAACUCUCUAUAUGAGCUCAGUCCACUCAUUCCUGACAGGUCUGAGGUUGUUGACAGCAGAGUUGUGAUCCAACCUGUCCUCCUCCUCCUCCCAGCUCUGUAAUAUUUGGAUAUGACGGAGGGUUAUAGAAAGUCCCUGUGCUGUACCCAGGCCCCAAAGCCUUCAAGGAUGAUUAAUCUUUCUGUUUUUCAUUCAUUUCUCUCUCUCUCUCUCUCUCUAUGCAUCUCGUACUCUCUAUUCUCUCUCUUCUCUCUCUCAUCUCUGCUUCUCUCUCUCUCUGGCCUAAUAUCUCUCUGAUAUUCUAUUCUAUGCUCUAUCUCUCUCUCUCUCUCUUAUAUCUCUCUAUCUCUCUCUUCUUCUCUCUCAUCUGUAUCUCUAUCUCUCUCUGCCUCUUCUCUCUCUAUCUCUCUUCUCCUCUCUCUCAUCUAUCUCUGCUCUCUGCUCUCUACUCUCUUCUCUCUCUCUGCCUCUCUCUCUCUCUCUCUCUCCUCUCUCUCUCUCUCUCUGCCUCUCUUCUCGCUCUCUCUCUCUGCCUCAAUCUCUCUUUGCCUCUCUCUCUCUGCUCUCUCUCUCUCUCUUCUCUCUCUCUCUCUCUCUCUCUGGCAUCUAUCCUCUCCUCUCUGCCUCUCUCUCUCCCUCUCCUCUCUCUCUCUUCGUCUCUCUCUCUCUUUGCCAUCUUUCUCCGCUUCUUAAAUUUUUUUGUUGUUAAAUUCUUGGUAUGCUUCAAGUCCAGGCAUUCCUUUCAUUGAAGCCAAGGAAUACAUAUCUGGCUCUAACCUCUAGCAAUUACACUUUUAGAUGCAAUACAGUGGGUGGAUUCAUAACCUUAAGAAUGUCAUCAUGUAGUUGCGUAUUAUCUUUGUCUUAACCGUUUCCUGCCUGUGCCCUCUGCAUGAAACUAAAAAAAACGUUUAUGGUUUUUCUCUCUUGCCCCUCAGGUAUUUCUCUCUCUUUUCUCCCUCUACCGCUCUCUCUCUCUCUCAAUCCAUCUCUCCAUCUCUCUAUACAGUGGCUUGCGAAAGUAUUCACCCCCCCUUAGCAUUUGUCCUAUUUUGUUCCCUUACAACCUGGAAUUAAAAUGGAUUGUUGGGGGGUUUGUAUCAUUUGAUUUACACAACAUGCCUACCCUUUGAAGAUGCAAAAUAUUUUUGGUGAAAGAAAUAAGACAAAAAAACAGAACUUGAGCAUGCAUAACUAUUCACCCCCCCAAAGUCAAUACUUUGUAGAGCUACCUUUUGCAGCAAUUACAGCUGCAAGUCUCUUAGGGUAUGUUUCUAUAAGCUUGGCACAUCUAGCCACUGGGAUUUUUGCCCAUUCUUCAAGGCAAAACUGCUCCAGCUCCUUCAAGUUGGAUGGGUUCAGCUGGUGUACAGCAAUCUUUAAGUCAUACCACAGAUUCUCAAUUGGAUUGAGGUCUGGGCUUUGACUAGGCCAUUCCAAGAUAUUCAAAUGUUUCCCCUUAAACCACUCUAGUGUAGCUUUAGCAGUAUGCUUAGGGUCAUUGUCCUGCUGGAAGGUGAACCGCCGUCCCAGUGUCAAAUCUCUGGAAGACUGAAACAGGUUUCCCUCAAGAAUUCCCCUGUAUUUAGUGCCAUCCAUCAUUCCUUCAAUUCUGACCAGUUUCCCAGUCCCUGCUGAUGGGAAAAACAUCCCCACAGCGUGAUGCUGCCACCACCAUGCUUCACUGUGGGGAUGGUGUUCUCGGGGUGAUGAGAGGCGUUGGGUUUGCGCCAGUCAUAGCGUUUUCCUUGAUGGCCAAAAAGCUCAAUUUUUGUCUCAUCUGAUCAGAGGACCUUCUUCCAUAUGUUUGGGGAGUCUCCCACAUGGCAUUUGGCGAACACCAAAUGUGUUUGCUUAUUUUUUUCUUUAAGCAAUGGCUUUUUUCUGCCCACUUUUCUGUAAAGCCCAGCUCUGUGGAGUGUACGGCUUAAAGUGGUCCUAUGGACACAGAUUCCAAUCUCCGCUAUUGAGAUUUGCAGCUCCUUUAGGGUUAUCUUUGGUAUCUUUGUUGCCUCUGAUUAAUGCCCUCCUUGCCUGGUCCGUGAGUUUUGGUGGGCGGCCCACUCUUGGCAGGUUUGUUUGCCAAAUUCUUUCAAUUUUUUAAUAAUGGAUUUAAUGGUGCUCCAUGGGAUGUUCAAAGUUUCUGAUAUUUUUUUAUAACCCAACCCUGAUCUGUACUUCUCCACAACUUUGUCCCUGACCUGUUUGGAGAGCUGUUUGGUCUUCAUGGUGCCGCUUGCUUGGUGGUGCCCCUUGCUUAGUGGUGUUGCAGACUCGGGCCAGAACAGGUGUGUGUAUAUAUACUGAGAUCAUGUGACAGAUCAUGUGACACUUAGAUUGCACACAGUUGGACUUUAUUUAACUAAUUAUGUGACUUCUGAAGGUAAUUGGUUGCACAAGAUCUUAUUUAGGGGUUUCAUAGCAAAGGGGGUGAAUAUACAGUGAGGGAAAAAAGUAUUUGAUCCCCUGCUGAUUUUGUACGUUUGCCCACUGACAAAGAAAUGAUCAGUCUAUAAUUUUAAUGGUAGGUUUAUUUGAACAGUGAUAGACAGAAUAACAACAAAAAAAUCCAGAAAAACGCAUGUCAAAAAUGUUAUAAAUUGAUUUGCAUUUUAAUGAGGGAAAUAAGUAUUUGACCCCUCUGCAAAACAUGACUUAGUACUUGGUGGCAAAACCCUUGUUGGCAAUCAGAGGUCAGACGUUUCUUGUAGUUGGCCACCAGGUUUGCACACAUCUCAGGAGGGAUUUUGUCCCACUCCUCUUUGCAGAUCUUCUCCAAAUCAUUAAGGUUUCGAGGCUGACGUUUGGCAACUCGAACCUUCAGCUCCCUCCACAGAUUUUCUAUGGGAUUAAUGUCUGGAGACUGGCUAGGCCACUCCAGGACCUUAAUGUGUUUCUUCUUGAGCCACUCCUUUGUUGCCUUGGCCGUGUGUUUUGGGUCAUUGUCAUGCUGGAAUACCCAUCCACGACCCAUUUUCAAUGCCCUGGCUGAGGGAAUGAGGUUCUCACCCAAGAUUUGACGGUACAUGGCCCCGUCCAUCGUCCCUUUGAUGCGGUGAAGUUGUCCUGUCCCCUUAGCACAAAAACACCCCCAAAGCAUAAUGUUUCCACCUCCAUGUUUGACGGUGGGGAUGGUAUUCUUGGGGUCAUAGGCAGCAUUCCUCCUCCUCCAAACACGGCGAGUUGAGUUGAUGCCAAAGAGCUCCAUUUUGGUCUCAUCUGACCACAACACUUUCACCCAGUUAUCCUCUGAAUCCUUCAGAUGUUCAUUGGCAAACUUCAGACGGGCAUGUAUAUGUGCUUUCUUGAGCAGGGGGACCUUGCGGGCGCUGCAGGAUUUCAGUCCUUCACGGCGUAGUGUGUUACUAAUUGUUUUCUUGGUGACUAUGGUCCCAGCUGCCUUGAGAUCAUUGACAAGAUCCUCCCGUAUAGUUCUGGGCUGAUUCCUCACCGUACUCGUGAUCAUUGCAAUUCCACGAGGUGAGAUCUUGCAUGGAGCCCCAGGCCGAGGGAGAUUGACAGUUCUUUUGUGUUUCUUCCAUUUGCGAAUAAUCGCACCAACUUUUGUCACCUUCUCACCAAGCUGCUUGGCGAUGGUCUUGUAGACCAUUCCAGCCUUGUGUAGGUCUACAAUUUUGUCCCUGACAUCCUUGGAGAGCUCUUUGGUCUUGGCCAUGGUGGAGAGUUUGGAAUCUGAUUGAUUGAUUGCUUCUGUGGACAGGUGUCUUUUAUACAGGUAACAAGCUGAGAUUAGGAGCACUCCCUUUAAGAGUGUGCUCCUAAUCUCAGCUCGUUACCUGUAUAAAAGACACCUGGGAGCCAGAAAUCUUUCUGAUUGAGAGGGGGUCAAAUACUUAUUGCCCUCAUUAAAAUGCAAAUCAAUUUAUAACAUUUUUGACAUCCGUUUUUCUGGAUUUUGUUGUUGUUAUUCUGUCUCUCACUGUUCAAAUAAACCUACCAUUCAAAUUAUAGACUGAUAAUUUCUUUGUCAGUGGGCAAACGUACAAAAUCAGCAGGGGAUCAAAUACUUUUUUCCCUCACUGUAUAUGCACGCACCACUUUUCCGUUAUUUAUUUUGUAUUCUUUUUUUUAACAAGUUAUUUUUUAAAUUUCACUUCACCAAUUUCGACUAUUUUGUGUAUGUCCAUUACAUGAAAUCCAAAUAAUAAUCCAUUUCAAUUACAGGUUGUAAUGCAACAAAAUAGGAAAAACGCCAAGGGGGAUGAAUACUUUUGCAAGGCACUGUAUGUCUCCUUCUCCCCUUUUCUCUAUACUAUAUACAGUAUAGAAAACAGACUGUAUAUCUGUCCAUUCUAGUCCCAGUCUGUGUUGUCAAUGUAAUACUUGUCUGUUCCUCUAUUUAACCAUUCCCUUCCUCCCUCUCUCUCUUUCUCCAGCCCCAGUCAUAUGACGCGGUGGAGCCCUUGGACCUGGAGGAGUUUCUGAUGUCACAGCUGCAGAGUGGAGACUCCGCCCUCAUGCAGGAGCUCGGAGAUUUCCCUGACGACGACCUGGAAGUAGAACUGGUGGAGAAGGAGUGUCGGACCGUACGCCACUCUGUACCCGAGAAGGGGUGGGUUGCAUGGUCACAUGUUCAAUAUAGAGUAAAGUCAACCAUGCCUGUUACUAUAUUGCUUAUGCCUGGAAAGGGCAUGGGUCUAGAGUUCUGGGUUCGGCAGUGAUUUAAGCCUGGCUAUUUGUCCAAUAGUCCCAGUAACUUUCUCCACUACGAACCUACAGUUGAAGUCGGAAGUUUACAUACACCUUAGCCAAAUACAUUUAAACUCAGUUUCACAAUUCCUGACUUUUAAUCCUAGUAAAAAUUCCCUGUCUUAGGUCAGUUAGGAUCACCACUUUAUUUUAAGAAUGUGAAAUGUCAGAAUAAUAGUAGAGAGAAUGAUUUAUUUCAGUUUGUAUUUCUUUCAUCACAUUCCCAGUGGGUCAGAAGUUUACAUACACUCAAUUCGUAUUUGGUAGUAUUGCCUUUAAAUUGUUUAACUUGGGUCAAACGUUUCGGGUAGCCUUCCACAAGCUUCCCACAAUACAUUUUGGCCCAUUCCUCCUGACAGAGCUGGUGUAACUGAGUCAGGUUUGUAGGCCUCCUUGCUCGCACACGCUUUUUCAGUUCUGCCCACAUAUUUUCUAUAGGAUUGAGUUCAGGGCUUUGUGAUGGCCACUCCAAUACCUUGACUUUGUUGUCCUUAAGCCAUUUUGCCACAACUUUGGAAGUAUGCUUGGGGUCAUUGUCCGUUUGGAAGACCCAUUUGUGACCAAGCUUUAACUUCCUGAUUGAUGUCUUGAGUUGUUGCUUCAAUAUAUCCACAUCAUUUUCCUUCCUCAUGACGCCAUCUAUUUUAUGAAGUGCACCAGUCCCUCCUGCAGCAAAGCACCCCCACAGCAUGAUGCUGCCACCCCCAGUGCUUCACGGUUGGGAUGGUGUUCUUUGGCUUGCAAGCCUUCCCCUUUUUCCUCCAAACAUAAUGAUGGUCAUUAUGGCCAAACAGUUCUAUUUUUGUUUCAUCAGACCAGAGGACAUUUCUCCAAAAAGUACGAUCUUUGUCCCCAUGUGCAGUUGCAAACCGUAGUCUGGCUUCUGUUAUGGCGGUUUUGAAGCAGUGGCUUCUUCCUUGCUGAGCGGCCUUUCAGGUUAUGUCGAUAUAGGACUCGUUUUACUGUGGAUAUAGAUACUUUUGUACCUGUUUCCUCCAGCAUCUUCACAAGGUCCUUUGCUGUUGUUCUGGGAUUGAUUUGCACUUUUCGCACCAAAGUACGUUCAUCUCUAGGAGACAGAACGCGUCUCCUUCCUGAGUGGUAUGACGGCUGCGUGGUCCCAUGGUGUUUAUACUUGCGUACUAUUGUUUGUACAGAUGAACGUGGUACCUUCAGGCGUUUGGAAAUUGCUCCCAAGGAUGAACCAGACUUGUGGAGGUCUACAAUCUUUUUUCUGAGGUCUUGGCUGAUUUCUUUUGAUUUUCCCAUGAUGUCAAGCAAAGAGGCACUGAGUUUGAAGGUAGGCCUUGAAAUACAUCCACAGAUACACCUCCAAUUGACUCAAAUUAUGUCAAUUAGCCUAUCAGAAGCUUCUAAAGCCAUGACAUCAUUUUCUGGAAUUUUCCAAGCUGUUUAAAGGCGCAGUCAACUUAGUGUAUGUAAACGUCUGACCCACUGGAAUUGUGAUACAGUGAAUUAUAAGUGAAAUAAUCUGUCUGUAAACAAUUGUUGGAAAAAUUACUUGUGUCAUGCACUAAGUAGAUGUCCUAACCAACUUGCCAAAACUAUAGUUUGUUAACAAGAAAUUUGUGGAGUGGUUGAAAAACAAGUUUUAAUUACUCCAACCUCAGUGUAUGUAAACUUCCGACUUCAACUGUAUAUCUGUUUCAAGGGCUCCACCCACUAGUUCACUAGGUCCCACUACAAUGGCUUAUCAUAUAAUAGAGAAAGCAUACCUCAGAAGGCACUUAUAACCCAGAUAACAUUCUGUCAGUGGUAUCUUAGGAUUGUCACUCACCUUCAACAUGAUAGUACAGGUAAUGCUGAUAAGAUAGGAAUGCAGAAGGAGUUGAACAGAUCAUAUGCAGGCUGUGUGUGGAGGAUAUUUCCGCGUGUGUGUACGUGAGUGAGUGCAUACAUGUGUAUGCUAUCGUAUUUGUGUGCGUUACAUCCUUCUCAUUCCCUCUCUGUCCUCCUGUAUCUCUAUAGGGUGGAGUUGGAUUCCCAUGUGAGGGACUGUGUUCAGAGUUACACCCAGCCCUCGCUGAUUGUCAGCAGGAGGUAAGCUUCUUAUGAUGACACAUUCAGGGGCUGCUUUCUUUCCUCGUCUCCUCUCCUUUCCUUCACUACUGACCUGUAAAAUGCUUGAUGUUUGUACACUAGUAAUCAAUAACCCUGGAGCGCUACUUGUUGUGCAGGCGUUGGGACAAUAUGACUAAAGGCUGUGGAACAACAACAAUUCAAGGAUGCACAACAAGUUGCUCAGUCUCCAGGACCAGGGUUGGUGACCACUGGUGCAGACGACACAGUGGGAACCUACAGUAUGCUGUGGUUUAUACAGUGGGAACCUACAGUAUGCUGUGGUUUAUACAGUGGGAACCUACAGUAUGCUGUGGUUUAUACAGUGGGAACCUACAGUAUGCUGUGGUUUAUACAGUGGGAACCUACAGUAUGCUGUGGUUUAUACAGUGGAAACCUACAGUAUGCUGUGGUUUAUACAGUGGGAACAUACAGUAUGCUGUGGUUUAUACAGUGGGAACCUACAGUAUGCUGUGGUUUAUACAGUGGGAACCUACAGUAUGCUGUGGUUUAUACAGUGGAAACCUAUGCAGAGGUUUAUACAGUGGAAACCUAUGCAGUGGAAACCUAUGUAGUGAUUUAUACAGUAGAAAACGAUAGUGAUUUUAUACAGUAGAAAACUAUGCAGUGGUUUAUACAGUGGAAACCUAUCAGUGGUUUCCUUGUCAGAUGCUUCACCUAAGGUGUCCUCGCCCACGUCUGUCUCACAGAUGUCUGAGAAACUGUGAUAACCCAUCUCUUCAUCUUCACAUGCUGAUUACAGCCAAGACCCACUAUCUCCUGCUGGUUCUCUCUCUCACACACACACACACACACACACACAUUAUCCUGGUCAGGGUUUUAACCCACAUGCUGUGGUUCUGUUUGUAUGUCUGUCAUCUGAUUUGUUUCAAUUAAAAUGGCACUGGUGUAUCAGUAACCAUGCCGUAUCUGGGGUUGGGUGUUGUGUGGGCAGGUGCCAGGGAGAUAGUUGGAGUGCAUAUUCCGAGCGGGCAAGUCUACACACAACUCUGCAGAAACAGACUUUUGAAUCCGACGUCCAGCCAGAGAAACAAGAGACACGGGUAAGCACAAAAUAUAUACAAUAAUUCAUACACAACACCACAACAAAUAAAACCCAAAUACUUUUUAACAAAACAAAUCAGGGUUUGGGUCUGUAAGGAGCAGUUCUGUCAGUCCCAUUGUCAUCAGGAGACCAGAGUACAUACAGAGUUUACAGUAGUAUAGCAUGCAGCUAUCAGAUACAUUACGGAUUGAAAUAAACAGAGUAACAUGAUACCCUGGGUACUGUAUCAGAGAAAGAUGGCAUGCAUAGCAUGAAACCUGAAUACUACAGUUGUUUCAAGCUACAUCUCCUGACUCCUCAGAUCGAUUGAUAUAGAGCUAGAACGUGAGGGAGAGGGAGAGAACAGAGAGAAGCAAUAGAAAGAGAGACAGAGAGAAAGGAGGGGAUGGGGAGCACAACACUGAACACAGAAGUGUUUUGUCAUUCCUGUUACCUCCAUCCUGGCACCGUCUCCCUCAUGUUUACCCAGCCUGCCCUGCCACAAUGAGGCUGAAUAUUCAUGCAGUCCCGUCUGUUUCUGACCAGCCCAAGUCAGCAUUCAGUUCUCUGUCCUGCCAAGUCCCCAGACAGCACCCAGCCAACCCCAUGCCAACCACCUCUCCCAGCCCCUAGUGCCAAGUUCAAAGCUCCAACCCCCUGACAGUCAAGUCCCAGCCCCGGCAAGCCCUAGCUAACCUCUGUCUCCAGCCUUAGCCAGCCCCCAGCUCUAUUCAACAGUCCUUCCCCCAGCACCAGCCAUCCUCAGUCAGCUCCCAGCCCCCCAGUCAAGUUGUCUCCAGCCCUAGCUCCUCUCCCCAUCACCAGCCCCAUUCCCCAGGCUUGCCAAGUCCUAAUCACCCAAACCAAAGGCCCCUUGUUCCAGCCGUGGGUUUCCCAUCCGCUCCAGGCCAGAGAGAGGAGAAGAACAGGCCUAUUGUCACACAGCGUCUAAUGGUCCCUUGCUCCAACACUGCAGCACUCUGGGGAUCAUUAGCAAUCAUGUGGGGUUGCCUGGAGCCCUGUGGCCCAGAUUGGGGAAGCCUGGGUGGGAUUGGGGCACUGUGAGGCAGUGUUCGGGGUGUGGAGGUUAGAUGGAAGAUGGAUGGAUGUUUCCUCAUAUGUUUUAAAGGGUCAAGUUCCUGGAUUGUUGAAGACAAAAUAUUUGAGUAAAUAUUUUAACCCAAAUUAGGCAAAUUUGCUGAAGGAUGGCAACUAGCAUAGCAAAUUACCGGCCUAAGCACUUGAAGUGCUGCAAUUAUUUGGAAACACUUGCAAUGUAGGCCUACAUGAAAUAUAGUUUUGUUUGGGAGAAGUAACAUUCUUUUGUUGGGAGAAUUCUCUUUUCCAUCCUCUUCCUACCUCCUCAGUCCCUGUCCUUCCCUCUCUUCUAAUACCUGUCAUUAUUAUUAUUACAGGUGAAGUCCCCCUCCCUGGCGGUACUGAGUGAUGACUCUGGCAAGACCCUGACCUCCUCUGACUUUGACCUCCGCUCUGGUCUGACCCCUGACCCCAGAGUGGACGGGCUACUGCGCUUCAGUAACCAUGAUGACCUGGACAGGUUCAACCAGGAAGCCCGGCAGGGGAACCGCCACCCAGACCUGUUCGCCCUGUACCCACCGACCGACGAGGUGAGAGAGGGACGCGCGCGCACACACACAAACACCAGUGAUGCGCGGGUUGACUCAUAACCCGCAGUCCCUGCAGUUAUAUCCGUGGGGCAGGCGGGUUUAGGGUCAUGAAAUAUUGUGUGUAUGAAGGGCGGGUGGGUGGCGGGUGGAUUGAGUAAAGAGAAAGCAAUACCUUAAAAAGUCCAUAAAUGUAUCAUUCUUGUGCAAUUUAUAUCUAUAGGCUACAUUUAGGUUUUUCCUUUCAUUAUUGUAGGCUUUCUGGCAUCAGUGCGAAUGCUUUAGGGCCUAACUGUAGGCCUACGCCAAUUGCCAAAUGCUUUUGGGAACGGGCAGAAAAAGUUAACGUCAGUCCGCUGAGGCAAAAUGGACAAUGUCUGAGUUUAAUUCAAUAGGAGAAAAGCUGUGAAAUGGACAGUUGAAAAUAGAAGGGAGGGCCAGAAAAGUAAUGUUUGGGAAAGAUUUGGUGAAGUGGUAAAAGAGGAUGAUGGCAGUGUUAUGAUAUGUGAUGAUUGUGAGGCGAUAUACAAAUUCGACAGUCACAAGACGGGGACUUCAAAUAGGCCUAUGGCACAUCAAGGGAACUGUAGUCUACUGUUCAGAUGGGUUAAAUGGAAACUGAAAUCUGGACACUGACUGUAGGUCGAUAACCUCUCACAUAGCCAUCAUAUUACUCUUGCAGAAUUUAGCAUUUCCUGCAGUAAAAUGAUAAACCAAAUGAAGGCAACAUUUUGACUCUGGAACAGGAGUGGAGAAAUAUGAUUUAUUUCUUUCAGCAUUGAGAGAAUGCGAAUGUGCAGUUAUAUACCGUCUGUAGAGGUGCUAUCUUUAUCAGCAUCAUGAAGCUGAUAGUAUUUCAACCACAUAAAAUUUGAAUCCAAGCCAAACUGAAAUCUUAUCAGAAACAUGUUGGGUCCUUUUUACAGCUUUCUAUUUCCUUACAACCGGUCAAACUGAUGUCAUUUGAAAAAUUUGCACAGAAAAUCUGUCCCGUUUUAAUUUUUAGUUAUUGGAUUUUCUCUCUGGUCCCUAAACUUCUUUACUCUGUGAAAGAAGCAUAGAUGACAGAGAACUUUACCGAUGUCAACUAGAUUGAAGCAUUCAUUCUGUCAAUUUAUGACAUUAUUCUGGUGAGCAAGGGCUUACUUAGUCUUCUAGGUUAACAUAUAAUGACAGAAUAGAAGCUGCAUGUAUCUAAUUAUAGACAAGUUGUCUAACAAAAUGUCUGAAAUUAUAAACAGAAACAUAUCUAAUUCAGGCAAAAGAUAAAUCAAAUCAAAUCAAAUUUUAUUGGUCACAUGCGCCGAAUACAACAGGUGCAGACAUUACAGUGAAAUGCUUACUUACAGCCCUUAACCAACAGUGCAUUUAUUUUUAACAAAGAAAGUAAAAAUAAAACAACAACAAAAAAAGUGUUGAGAAAAAAAGAGCAGAAGUAAAAUAAAAUAACAGUAGGGAGGCUAUAUAUACAGGGGGGUACCGGUGCAGAGUCAAUGUGCAGGGGCACCGGCUAGUUGAGGUAGUUGAAGUAACCCUGCUCCCCCUGUCAAAAAAUCCUUCCACCGUCUCUGACUGUAGCCUACAGCACAUUUUCUAUAUUAACGGGUUAGGUUCGGUUGCAGGCCUCAGAUUUUCACUUUAUCACCUAUAGUCAGGCGGUUGCGGAUGGGUUAUUAGCAAUUGCCAGCAGGUGCGGGUGAACAAACAGCUUACACGCGCAUCACUAACGCACACACAUACAUGAAUACAGUGCAUGCUUCUGUGCAUGCUGGACUUGAUAUGAGUAGCUGGAUCCAUGACAUUCCUCUGGUAUUCCAGGAUGAUGCAGUGGAGAUCCGGCCCAUUCCCGACUGUCCCAAAGAGCACAUGGGAGACAGGAUCAUCAUCCGGUGCCAGGCUAUCAAGUAUGGGAACUACAUUACUUAUCACAGAAGGAAAAUAGCUGUAUGCUUCUAGCUAACUAGCUACCUGUAUGUGAGAAUCAACAGAGUGUGUCUGACAGGUUGGCAGAGAGAGGGAAGUGUAGCCCACAGAAAGUUUGUGUGAGAAGAACACUGAGUGAGGACAUUUUAGCAUGAAUUUGUUUGCUACUGCAACUGUCAGACCAUCAUUUGUCUUGGAGAAGUCUAACCAGACCAUUUAGUUUGGUCUGAACCAUUGCCUUUAGCGUGGGAGCUCUGCAGUACAGUGGAUGCUGCAUUUUUUCAACUCUUACCCUACGAGGUCCGGAGCCUGCUGGUUUUCUGUUCUACCUGAUAAUUAAUUGCACCCACCUGAUGUCCCAGGUCUAAAUCAGUCCUUAAUUAGAGGGGAACAAUGGAAAAAAUGCAGUCCAAUUGGCUUCAAGGUCCAGAGUUGAAUUUGAGGGCUCUAGACCAUCACUUUCUGUGGGAUACAUUCCCUCUCUCCCCUCUCUCUCUCUCCCCUCUCCCUCUCCCUCCCCUUCUCUCCUCUCCCUCUCUCUCCCUCCAUCUCCCUCUCUCUCUUUCUGCCUCUCCCACACCGUAAAACUGUCAAAGUACUAAGCAGUGUUUUGCAGCUGCCUGUCCCAACUUUCAGUUUGACUCAUCACUCUCUAGAUAGGCUUAGUGCUAUGCGAGUGCAUGCAUCCACAUUUCAUAUUGCUGUUGCAUCUGUUGAAUAUCCUGAGUUGAUGAAUAGAGUGGAGUACAAUAUAAAUGUGGUCCUCUGUAGCUCAGCUGGUAGAGCACGGCGCUUGUAACGCCAAGGUAGUGGGUUCGAUCCCCGGGACCACCCAUACACAAAAGAAAAAAAUGUAUGCACGCAUGACUGUAAGUCGCUUUGGAUAAAAGCGUCUGCUAAAUGGCAUAUUAUAUUAUUAUUAUAUAUUAUAUAAAUGAUUGAUUUUAACAGGUGAUAUUUGCUUGCUGGUCGACACACUGCUGCUAUGAAAUGACAGUCUGAUACGCUUUCUCCCCGGUCCGCCAUAGGUUUGAGAUUGACAUUGAACCACUGUUUGCUACCCUGGCUCUGUACGACCUGAGAGAGAAGAAAAAGGUACGUUUCCUUCUGAUGUUUUGUGUUUUUUAGAACGCUGUAUUCUUUGGCCUGCUGUGUGUUAUGAGGUCAUGAAGAAUACCAUACCUUCAUGUUGUUGAAGCUUGAAGUUGACAAGACAGACCAUAGCAAACGUUGCCCGUGCACAAUAGAUCACCUGCUUGGGUGUCGACGAACAGUGGUGAUUCAACAUGUAGAAUUGUCUGGAAAUGAACAGAAAAUGACGGCCGAUGUUCUGGUCAGAGGUGAUGGGACAAUCACCCGCUGCUUUUAACUGUUCGUCAGCACAGUGCAUUUCGUCCUUUAGGUGAUCUCAUGACCAGUGUGUUAGGUUUGUGUUGGUGGUCAGUGAAGUGAUGUAUCAGUGGGAUAUCCUAGGCUUUAGCCACUGUCCGGAGGCCCUGAACCUCGGCAAGACGGAGCUGCUCUUCCUCCUGGGGAAGGACUGACCACUCCAUAAUCUCGCCAUCACGGUUGACAACUCCAUUGUGUCCUCUCCCAGAGUGCAAAGAACCUUCCUGUCGUUCUCCGCUAACAUCAAAGCGGUGACCCGAUCCUGGUUCAUGCUCUACAACAUUCGCAGAGUACAACCCUACCUUACACAGAAAGCAGCACAGGUCCUAAUCCAGGCACUUGUCAUCUCCCGUCUGGAUUACUGCAACUCUCUGUUGGCUGGGCUCCCUGCCUGUGCCAUUAAACCCCUACAACUUAUCCAGAACGCUGCAGCCCGUCUGGUGUUCAACCGAAGUUCUCUCAUGUCACCCCGCUCCUCCGCACACUCCACUGGCUUACAGUUGAAGCUCGCAUCUACUACAAAACCAUGGUGCUUGCCUACGGAGCUGUGAGGGGAACGGCACCUCCUUACCUUCAGGCUCUGAUCAGACCCUACACCCAAACGAGGGCACUACGUUCAUCCACCUCUGGCCUGCUAGCCCCCCUACCUCUACGGAAGCACAGUUCUCGCUCAGCCCAGUCAAAGUUAUUCGCUGCUCUGGCACCCCAAUGGUGGAACAAGCUCCCCCACGACGCCAGGACAGCGGAGUCACUGACCACCUUCCGGAGACACUUGAAACCCUACCUCUUUAAUACCCCCCCCCCCCAUAAUAAAAUAAAAUAAAAAAGGGUGGUUGUCCCACUGGCUAUCCUAAAUUGAAUGCACCAAUUUGUGUUCAUGGGAAUAACCCAUCUGAUUCACACUGUACUCUACUAUCCAAACACAACACUGUUAGCCAAAGCUAGUAGCAUGUGUGUUAUGUACUUGCACAGCUGGAUGGUUUUUGGAUUGGAGUUUGGAUUUAGGGUUUUAGGCCUCAACGGCACCACGUGUCCCUCAUAGGAUUUGAGCCACUGACCUCAUGGUCAUCUGGCCACACUGCAUUCUAGUUGGGCAGUCUGUGAAAGUAUUACUGUUUUUUUAUACCACCUUUCCCUUUAAUAUGCACUACAUCAACUGCAUAGUGAGGGACCAGAUACUGCUAUUCUCCAUAAGAUCCAUCGGGCACAAUAUGUUAUCGUGGGGGUUAACACAUCCUCCUUAUUGAAUUAAUUAGAGGAGGAGGCAGAUAGGCCUGACAAAGACACCAUGUUGUAGGCCCAUGAAACAUCCCUCUGUUAUGGACCAGGAUGACAUACUGUCCAGCUUGUUUAAUCAAUUACAAUUGAUAUGACUCAAUCUGGAAAAGAGGGGUUUGGUGACUGAGGUUCUCUCUCGUUUGUCUCUGUCUCUCACUCUCUCUCUCUCUCUCGAUCUGUCUCUCUCUUUCUGUUUCUGUCCCUCUUUAUUUCUCACUUUCACCAUCUCUUUUCUGUUUCUAUGCAGUGAAAUGCUGUGUUUUAAUGCCGUCUUGGUUUCACAUCUGUGAAAUAUGCAGCAGAUGUUGAUAUAAUUCCCUUGAAACGUUCCUCUAAUCCUGUCCUGUCCCGUCCUGUCUGACUGACAGAGGGUUACAGUACACCAGGGGUCUAGAUUCAGCCGCAGGACAAUUUUUUUGUGAGUGGAUGGUCGGAGGUCGGAACAUAAUUAUAAAGCAGCCCAAACAGAUAUUGUGUUUCCCAAAAACAUAAUAAUUUAAAAACUUGAUUACAUUGGUACACGAUCACAUACUGUAGGUCUCUCUGUUUAUAAGUGGAAAUACUUGGGGAAAUAUUUCCUUAAUCAUUUUGAGCUCAAUUCCUAGUGAUUUUACAGUAUUCUAUGCACCCCCCCCCCCCCCCCCCCCCCCCCCCCAAAAAAAAAAAGAACAAAUAAGAUAUUUGUUUAUUUACUUUUUGCUCAGAAAACUUUGGGGUGCCAAAUAAAAUUGUCCGUUGCCCCCGCACAUUGACUCUGUACUGGUACCCCCUGUAUAUAGCCUCCCUACUGUUUCUUUAUUUUACUGCUGCUCUUUAAUUAUUUGCUAUUUCAAUUUUUUACUUAUUACAUUUCCAUUUUUUUCUUCUUUUUUUUACUGCCUUGUUGGUUAAGGGCUUGUAAGUAAGCAUUUCACUGUAAGGUCUACACCAGUUGACAUUCCCUGCAGUACACAGUACCAAAUAAAAUAAAAUUAAAUUGUAUUUGCCACAUGCGCCGAAUACAACAGGUGUAGACCUUACACGGUACCAGUACAGAGUCAAUGUGCGGGGGCACCGGUUAGUUGAGGUAAUAUGUACAUGUGGGUAGAGUUAAAGUGACUAUGCAUAGAUAAUAAACAGAGUAGCAGCAGUGUAAAAGAGGGGGUGAGGGUGGGGCCAUGAUUAGCUGUUCAGGAGUCUUAUGGCUUGGGGGUAGACGCUGUUAAGAAGCCUUUUGGACCUAGACUUGGCGCUUCGGUACCGCUUGCCGUGCGGUAGCAGAGAGAACAGUCUAUGACUAGGGUGGCUGGAGUAUUUGACCUUUUUUAGGGCCUUCUUCUGACACCGCCUGGUAUAGAGGUCCUGGAUUGCAGGAAGCUUGGCCCCAAUGAUGUACUGGGCCGUACGCACUACCCUCUGUAGUGCCUUGCAGUCGCCAUACCAGGCAGUGAUGCAACCAGUCAGGAUGCUCUCGAUGGUGCAGCUGUAUAACUUUUUGAGGAUCUGAGGAGCCAUGCCAAAUAUUUUCAGUCUCCUGAGGGGGAAUAGGCUUUGUUGUGCCCUCUUUACGACUAUCUUGGUGUGUUUGGACCAUGAUAGUUUGUUGGUGAUUUGGACACCAAGGAACUUGAAGCUCUCAACCUGUUCCACUAGAGCCCCGUCGAUGAGAAUGGGGGCGUGCUCAGUCCUCUUUUUUUUCCUGUAGUCCACAAUCAUCUCCUUUGUCUUGAUCACGUUGAGGGAGAGGUUGUUAUCCUGGCACCACACGGCCAGGUCUCUGACCUCCUCCCUAUUGGCUGUCUCAUCGUUGUUGGUGAUCAGGCCUACCACUGUUGUGUCGUCGGCAAACUUAAUGAUGGUGUUGGAGUCAUGCCUGGCCAUGCAGUCAUGGGUGAACAGGGAGUACAGGACGGGACUGAGCACCCACCCCUGAGUGGCCCCUGUGUUGAUGAUCAGCGUGGCAGAUGUGUUGUUACCUACCCUUACCACCUUGGAGCGGCCCAUCAGGAAGUCCAGGAUCCAGUUGCAGAGGGAGGUGUUUAGUCCCAGGGUCCUUAGCUUAGUGAUGAGCUUUGAGGGUUUAUGGUAUUGAACGCUGAGCUGUAGUCAAUGAAUAGCAUUCUCACAUAGGUGUUCCUCUUGUCCAGGUGGGAAAGGGCAGUGUGGAGUGCAAUAGAGAUGGCAUCAUCUGUGGAUCUGUUGGGGCUGUAUGCAAAUUGGAGUGGGUCUAGGGUUUCUGGGAUAAUGGUGUUGAUGUGAGCCAUGACCAGCCUUUCAAAGCACUUCAUGGCUACAGACGUGAGUGCUUCGGGUCGGUAGUCAUUUAGGCAGGUUAUCUUAGUGAUCUUGGUCACAGGGACUAUGGUUGUCUGCUUGAAACAUGUUGGUAUUACAAACUCAGUCAGGGACAUGUUGAAAAUGUCAGUGAAGACACUUGCCAAUUGGUCAGUGCAUGCUCGGAGUACACAUCCUGGUAAUCCGUCUGGCCCUGCUGCCUUGUGAAUGUUGACCUGCUUAAAAGUCUUACUCACAUCGGCUACGGAGAGUGUGAUCACAUUGUCAUCCGGAACAGCUGAUGCUCUCAUGCAUGCUUUAGUGUUGCUUGCCUCGAAGUGAGCAUAGAAGUGAUUUAGCUUGUCUGGUAGGCUUGUGUCACUGGGCAGCUUGCGGCUGUGCUUCCCUUUGUAGUCUGUAAUAGAUUUCAAGCCCUGCCACAUCCGACGAGCGUCGGAGCCGGUGUAGUACGAUUAAAUCUUAGUCCUGUAUUGACUCUUUGCCUGUUUGAUGGUUCGUCGGAGGGCAUAGCGGGAUUUCUUAUAGGCGUCCUGGUUAGAGUCCCGCUCCUUGAAAGCGGCAGCUCUACCCUUUAGCUCAGUGCGGAUGUUGCCUGUAAUCCAUGGCUUCUGGUUGGGGUAUGUACGUACGGUCACUGUGGGGACGACGUCAUCGAUGCACUUAUUGACCACGGGGUAGGAACGAUUAUUAUAGCGACAAUGGUUAUGAUUAUUAGACCAACCAUGCUGUGCAUAUUGUAGGCCUACAAUAGAAAUAUGAUCAUCAUACCAAGCAUGGUGCAUCCAGGGCAUUGUGAGGUUAAAUGGAGGUUUAUACCAAAUGUUUAGAACACAGCCAGGGAUCCUCAGCUGUGCUGUGUCUCAUCAAAAUUAAUAUGACGUGCUGUGGAACUCUUGGCUUUUAAAGUUAAUACACUCUGCAUUGCAGUCACUGUGGAGACCAUGUGAAAUGUUGAACUUUUAUGUAAUGACCCAAUUGUCAGAGAGAGACGGACGGCAGUUUGUUGUAGCAGUCCUGCUAUGAAAUGUUAGACUGUUUGUAGAGGACUAAUAAUGUGACGUGGAAUGAGGAGGAGUUGUAAAUGAGUUGGUAAUGGACCUCACAUGAAACUCACAACGUACAGGGUCACCAUAGGCUCACUGUUCGUUGUUGGCAUUUCCUGCCUAAGUUUGCCAAAUAAUUGGCAACAUCAAAUGGUUUUGUGAUGAAUAAGCCAUCUGAUUCUAUUAAAGAUGGCGUUGAAUUUGUCUUUCUGCCCAUAAUUUCAUUUAAAGUACUCCAAAGUUUUUUUUCCAUCAUUCUUUAUAUAAUUGAUCUUGCCUUCAUAAUACAGUUUAUUAUUUUUUGUUGUUGAGUUUAGUCACAUCAUUUCUCAAUUUGCAGUAAGUCAGCCAGUCAGAUUUGCAGCCAGACUUAAUAGCCACUCCUUUUGCCCCAUGUUUUCCAAUUCCUCAUCAAUCCAUGGAGCCUUAACAGUUCUAACAGUCAGUUUCUUAACAGGUGCAUGUUUAUCAAUACUUGGAAGAAGCAAUUUAAUAAAUUAAUCAAGUGCAGCGUCUGGAUGCUCCUUAUUAAUCACAUCAGACCAACAAAAAUGUUUAACAUCAUCCACAUAAGAGUCACAGCAAAAUAUUUUGUGUGAUCUCUUAUACACUAGGCCCCAUUUCUGGAACUUUGGCUUUCCUGGAUAUAGCCAUAAUAUUGUGAUCACUGCAUCCAAUGGGUGCGGAUACAGCUUUAGAACAAAGUUAUACAGUAUUAGUGAAAAUGUGAUCGAUACAUGUGGAUAAUCUUGUCCCUGUAGUGUUUCUAAAUACCCUGGUAGGUUGAUUAAUAACCUGAACCAGAUUACAGGCACUGGUUACAGUGAGAAGCUUCCUCUUAAACGGAGAGCUUGAUGAAAACCAGUCAAUAUUCAGGUCCCCAAGAAAGUAGACCUCUCUGUUUACAUCACACACUAUCAAGCAUUUCCCACAUAUUAUUUAGAUACUGACUGUUAGCACUUGGUGGCCUAUAGCAACACCUCAAAAGAAAAGGCUUAAGAUGUGCCAAGUGAACCUGCAACCACAGCACUUCAAUAACACUUGACAUAAGUUAUUCUCUAAGUAUUACAGGGAUAUGGCUCUGAAUAUAUAUAUAUAUAUAUAUGUAUACAGUGAGGGAAAAAAGUAUUUGAUCCCCUGCUGAUUUUGUACAUUUGCCCACUGACAAAGACAUGAUCAGUCUAUAAUUUUAAUGGUAGGUUUAUUUGAACAGUGAGAGACAGAAUAACAACAAAAAAAUCCAGAAAAACGCAUGUCAAAAAUGUUAUGAAUUGAUUUGCAUUUUAAUGAGGGAAAUAAGUAUUUGACCCCUCUGCAAAACAUGACUUAGUACUUGGUGUCAAAACCCUUGUUGGCAAUCACAGAGGUCAGACGUUUCUUGUAGUUGGCCACCAGGUUUGCACACAUCUCAGGAGGGAUUUUGUCCCACUCCUCUUUGCAGAUCUUCUCCAAGUCAUUAAGGUUUUGAGGCUGACGUUUGGCAACUCGAACCUUCAGCUCCCUCCACAGAUUUUCUAUGGGAUUAAGGUCUGGAGACUGGCUAGGCCACUCCAGGACCUUAAUGUGCUUCUUCUUGAGCCACUCCUUUGUUGCCUUGGCUGUGUGUUUUGGGUCAUUGUCAUGCUGGAAUACCCAUCCACGACCCAUUUUCAAUGCCCUGGCUGAGGGAAAGAGGUUCUCACCCAAGAUUUGACGGUUCAUGGCCCCGUCCAUCGUCCCUUUGAUGCGGUGAAGUUGUCAUGUCCCCUUAGCAGAAAAACACCCCCAAAGCAUAAUGUUUCCACCUCAAUGUUUGACAGUGGGGAUGGUGUUCUUGGGGUCAUAGGCAGCAUUCCUCCUCCAAACACGGCGAGUUGAGUUGAUGCCAAAGAGCUCCAUUUUGGUCUCAUCUGACCACAGCACUUUCACCCAGUUCUCCUCUGAAUCAUUCAGAUGUUCAUUGGCAAACUUCAGACGGGCCUGUAUAUGUGCUUUCUUGAGCAGGGGGACCUUGCGGGCACUGCAGGUUUUCAGUCCUUCACGGCAUAGUGUGUUACCAAUUGUUUUCUUGGUGACUAUUGUCCCAGCUGCCUUGAGAUCAUUUACAAGAUCCUCCCGUGUAGUUCUGGGCUGAUUCCUCACCGUUCUCAUGAUCAUUGCAACUCCACGAGGUGAGAUCUUGCAUGGAGCCCCAGGCCUAGGGAGAUUGACAGUUAUUUUGUGUUUCUUCCAUUUGCGAAUAAUCGCAACAACUGUUGUCACCUUCUCACCAAGCUGCUUGGCGAUGGUCUUGUAGCCCAUUCCAGCCUUGUGUAGGUCUACAAUCUUGUCCCUGACAUCCUUGGAGAGCUCUUUGGUCUUGGCCAUGGUGGAGAGUUUAGAAUCUGAUUGAUUGCUUCUGUGGACAGGUGUCUUUUAUACAGGUAACAAACUGAGAUUAGGAGCACUCCCUUUAAGAGUGUGCUCCUAAUCUCAGCUCGUUACCUGUGUAAAAGACACCUGGGAGCCAGAAAUCUUUCUGAUUGAGAGGGGGUCAAAUACUUAUUUCCCUCAUUAAAAUGCAAAUCAAUUUAUAAAAUGUUUGACAUGCGUUUUUCUGGAUUUUUUGUUUGUUAUUCCCUCUCUCACUGUUCAAAUAAACCUACCAUUAAAAUUAUAGACUGAUCAUUUCUUUGUCAGUGGGCAAACGUACAAAAUCAGCAGGGGAUCAAAUACUUUUUUCCCUCACUGUAGCAAGUGCCAUGUCUGCACAUUCUGCAAGAUUGAUUGUAUAUUCGAAACAUUUUAAAAGUAGGCUAACUGCUACAGUCCACACUUCUAUGCAACAAUGAAUUGUUGUUCAAUAUUUAGUUUAUCAAUAGAUUAUUGGGUUUCUAUGUCCUGCCAUAGGCUCUGAGAUUAAAUAGGUUUAUGAUGUCUUACUCCUAUCGCACAGCAAUACUGUAGCCUGCCCAUACUGUUAACAUUUUUACAUAAGUUACCAGUCUAUUUACUGUGUUGGCAGAAUUUUUUAAAAUCUUUUGCAGUAUUUUUUUAUUAAAAAAAAAAAAAUUGUGUUUUGUAUAUCGUUUUAUUUUAAAUUUGUAUGACUGUCCUUGUCUAUCAGUGUAUCAGUGUUUUGUUACUUGUCAUGUUUUCGACGGGGCUGUAGUGGAACAGGUUGAGAGCUUCAAGUCCCUUGGUGUCCACAUCACCAACAAAUUAUCAUGGUCCAAACAGACCAAGACAGUUGUGAAGGGGGCACGACAAAGCUUAUUCCACCUCAGGAGACUGAAAAGAUUUGGCAUGGGUCCUCAGAUUCUCAAAAAGUUAUACAGCUGCACCAUCGAGAGCAUCCUGACUGGUUGCAUCACUGCCUGGUAUGGCAACUGCUCGGCCUCCGACCGUAAGGCACUACAGAGGGUAGUGCGUACGGCCCAUUACAUCACUGGGGCCAAACUUCCUGCCAUCCAGGACGUCUAUACCAGGCGGUAUCAGAGGAAGGCCCUAAACAUUGUCAAAGACUCCAGCCACCCUAGUCAUAGACUGUUCUCUCUGCUACCGCACGGCAAGCGGUACCGGAGCGCCAAGUCUAGGUUCCAAAAGGCUUCUUAACAGCUUCUACCCCCAAGCCAUAAAACUCCUGAACAGCUAAUCAUGGCUACCCGGACUAUUUGCAUUGUCCCCCCACCCCAUCCCCUCUUUUACGCUGUUGCUACUCUCUGUUUAUUAUCGAUGCAUAGUCACUUUAACUCUACCCAAAUGUUACAUAUUACCUCAAUUACCUUGACUAACCGGUGCCCCCGCACAUUGACUCUGUACCGGUACCCCCUGUAUAUAGCCUCCCUACUGUUAUUUUAUUUUACUGCUGCUCUUUAAUUAUUUUUUAUUUUUAUUUUUUACUUAUCUAUUUUGUAAUUAACACUUAUUUAUCUUAAAACUGCAUUAUUGGUUAAGGGCUUGUAAGUAAGCAUUUCACUGUAAGGUCUACACCUGUUGUAUUCGGUGCAUGUGGCAAAUAACAUUUUAUUUGUUUUGUUUUUUUGUGGACCCCAGACAGAGUAGCUGAUGCUUCUGCAAAAGCUAUUGGGGAAACAAAUAUAUAAACAAAAACAUUUAUGCUGUAUCUCACACACUUUUGGAGGUAUAUUUUGUACAAACGCACAGUUUAUAAAUGAGGCCCCAGUGCCUACAGCAUCAAAAUAGCCAUUGAAAUGGUUUUGAAAACAUUCUGUUCCAUUGAACUCCAUUGUAAAGUGUAAGGGUGCCAAUAUAUUUGACUGCAUCUGUAGUAGGAUGGUGAUUUGUGGUAGAGCUCUUAGCUGGGUGAAGGAGUGGGUUCAACAGCUCUCUGUAUGAGACCAACCGCUAAAAUAACAUGGUCAAAAGCCUGUCGGACAGAAACCAGCUGGAACGUAGGAUGAGGAGAAAAAGGCCUGUCCCAAUACUAAUUCCUCUACUGGGUCACAUUCAUUACUGCACACCGUAGCAAAAGGUUUUGCAACAAGUUGGUCCAGUCCACUACUAAGGUGGAUUCUAGCACUGACCUUCUAUGUUCAACUUCCUCAGAUAUCCGAGAACUUCUACUGUGAUCUGAACUCGGAUCAGUUUAAAGGGUUCCUGAAACCCCACACACCACAGACGGACCACUCCACCCUCUCCCGAGCAGCCAUCUUCUCCAUCACAUACCCCUCCCCAGAUAUCUACCUGGUCAUCAAGGUAAGAUACGCAUCUCAUCUACCUGCAUCUAUCUACAGUACUUGCUCAUUCAAGUAAUACACAUACCUGUACUGUGCGCAGAUCUACAAUUGUUGGUCAUUAAGGUAAACAUUAUAGACCUAUCCAUCUCCUCACAUAUUACCCAUGGUGCCUCUAUCGAUCUAAAAUCAUCUUAAGUUCAUCUUAAGUUCAUCGUUAGAACCUUCGUAGGAGGUUGACAUUGUCUUUGCAAUUGAUACAAACAAGUGACCUAUAAAAAUAUGCUUCAAAUGAAAACCGAGAUUACUGCAUUCAAAUAUAAACAGUAAGCUAUAGGCCGAUUUCAGUCAUAUUGAAAUACAUUUAAUGUCCAAUCAAUUGAGUUAUAUUUUGAUACUUGUAGGCUACUGUCUGUAAUUUGCCACAAUAUAUUAAUGUCUAGCCUAAAAUGUGCGCAAUGGUGUGCCAAAUUGGUGAUUUAGUGCAUUUGCAGCUUUAGGUGGUAAUAUCUCUCUCUCUAGGAGCUGAUCUGUCAUCAGUAUUGUGAAAUGAUUAUAAUGUCAGGGAACGAUUUGAAUGAAGAAAGCUGAUCCGAGAGCAGCGCUCCCUUUCGAUCCUAUCAGUAUCGACACAUUCUCCAACGACGCACUUAGCGACCAGUCUCUCUGCGUGGUGUUUUGGGAAACGCAUGUUACAUCUUCGGCCGUUGUAGGAACGAUGCACUGUUAAACACUCGUAAGCCUAAGUUCCGUCGCUAUCGGGAAACUGGGCCCUGUGUGUUAAGGUAACAUAUUCUAUGUAACUGACCAUAGACACCUGUGUACAGUAUUAGCUUGUAUUGGCUGUGUUUCAGAUAGAGAAGGUGCUGCAGCAGGGGGAGAUCAGUGACUGUGCUGAACCAUACAUGGUUAUGAAGGAGAGUGACUCAGCGAAGGUAGAGUGCCAUGAGGAUGCGCAUCACACACACACACACACACACACACACACACACACACACACACACACACACACACACACACACACAGCAGCUAUAGGUUGUAAUUGUGGUUCUGCGUGGUUCCCUGGAUCAGAAUAAGGAGAAGUUGGAGAAGCUGCGCAGCCAGUCAGAGACGUUCUGUCAGAGACUGGGUCGCUACCGUAUGCCCUUCGCCUGGGCCAUGGUCAACAUCAUGAACGUCAUCAGUACUGCCACACUGGACCGAGACACGACUGACUCUGACAGCUUCAAUGGUCAGUAUGUGUGUGAUUGUGUAAUAGUUUUGUGUGCGUGUGUGAUAAGCUGGUUUACUCUUGAACUGAUGAGUCCAAGGCUUGUUGGAUCAUACCUUUCUGUACCUAACUUGAAUGACUUGCCAUGGUUCACCUCCCCUCCCCUGUCCAGGUAAAUCCAGCAGUCUGGAUAAGAGAGGUCAGUUGCCCAGGAGGAACUCUGAGAGGUUCGCUACCAUGGAAGACCAGUGUAACAUGUCUGCCUUCAAACCUGCUACCAUAACCAUCAGCACCUUCUGCAAACAGGUCUGGACACAUGCACUAUAGAAAACAAUACAAGCACACACGUUAUAAUAUAAACACUGAUACAGUGAUAUAAGCAUCGAUAUGCUCAAAGAAUGCUCAACGUUGUGGGUGUCACCUCGGUACAAUACAUUAUUUCAUUCCAUACAUAAUCUACAAAGCAGACAUACAUGUCAUAAGGCCGUACCUAACCAGAUAUCAUAUAGACUUACCAUACAUUCUCCAUAAUAUUGGCAGCCGUAGGUGGUAAUAUUUCUCUAGGAGCUGAUCUGUCAUCAGUAUUGUGAAAUAAUUAUAAUGUUAAGGAAGGAAGGACAUAAUCCACAGAGCAGACAUGCAUGUGAUAGCAUUGCACAGCAAGGGUGCAUUUUUUCCAUCCUACUAGCAUCUGUGGAUAAGCCCAAGAAUUGGUGCCGCAAAAACUCUUAGAGUUGCACUCCUCAAUAUGUGCCCCAAGUAUUUGUCACUUUCAUAUGUUUAGUUGUUGGAAAAGAUGAAAGAAGUCCGCUGUGCAACAUUGCAUCUUCACACUUUAAUUCUGAGACAGUAUAUCAUCCCCACCACAGCUCUUCAGCUAUGCAGAAAGCCCUAGUCCGAUAUUGUUGUUUUUAACACAUAGUGAAUGUUUUGGGGCUUCACUUUUUCUACAAAUGUUUAUUUGACUGAACUAGAUCCUGCUGUGUUUUAGGAGGGGGACCGUCUGAGUGAUGAGGACUUGUUCAAGUUUCUGGCAGACAUCAAAAGGUUCUCAUCCCUGCAGAGAAGAAUUAAAACCAUACCAGGUAAUCCUCCAUUCAACCACACAGCAAGACCUGGCUGUCUGUAGAUGCUGUUUCACUCCAUUCAACCCAACAACAAGUGACUAUAAUGUCCCAUUUCUAAGACCAAGUUGUCUGUAAAUGUUAUGCCUGGGUUUAUGUGUCUAAGUGGGACUGCAACGUUCCUAUACGUAUGACCUACUUCGAAAUAUCUCUCAGAAGAAUUCACAUAGAUUGAGACUGUAUUUGACUUAUUUCUGACAUGGUCCAGGUAUGAUAAGACUGGAUGUGACCCCGGUCCAUGACAACCCAGUGGCAUGUCUCUCUACUGAGCUGAUCCCAGUCAAACCAGUGGCUGAGAAGAACCUGAGACCUAUCAAAGAGGUGUUGGAAUUCCCCUCCAGCGAAGUCUAUGUUCCACACAGCACCUACAGGUGAACACACACACGUUUCCAUGCAUACAACACACACACACAGGCAAGCACGCACACACACAGUUCAUAACAGCAUUUACAGGUUAGUUCACUCACUCCAUCCUCUCUGCUCUGUAGGAGGAAAUGCCUUUAGAUGUGAGAUGUGUCUUGAAACACCUUUUCAAAUAUAGUAUAUUCUGCAUAUUCUCCUCAAAGCUCAAUUCAUCACUUCAUUCCCUGUGGAUGUAGCCUUUAGUGAGUUAUAAUGUAUUUACCAAAGCACAACCACCUAUAUAUACAAAAGUAUAAAUCGUCUGUCCUCAGUUGCAACACUCACUACAGAGUUCCAAACUGCCUCUGGAAGCAACAUCAGCACAAUAACUGUUCAUCAGGAGCUUCAUGAAAUGGGUUUCCAUGGCCGAGCAGCCGCACACAAGCCUAAGAUCACCAUGUGCAUUGCCAAACGUCGGCUGGAGUGGUGUAAAGCUUGCCGCCAUUGGACUCUGGAGCAGUGGAAACACGUUCUCUGGAGUGAUGAAUCACGCUUCAACAUCUGGCAGUCCGACGGACGAAUCUUGGUGGAGGAGGAAUAAUGGUCUGGGGCUGUUUUUCAUGGUUCGGGCUAGGCUCCUUAGUUCCAGUGAAGGGAAAUCGUAACGCUACAGAAUACAAUGACAUUCUAGACGAUUCUGUGCUUCCGAGUUUCCUGUUUCAGCAUGACAAUGCCCCCGUGCACAAAGCAAGGUCCAUACAGAAAUGGUUUGUCUAGAUCGGUGUGGAAGAACUUGACUGAUCUGCACAGAGCCCUGACCUCAACCCCAUCGAACACCUUUGGGAUGAAUUGGAACGCUAACUGCGAGCCAGGCCUAAUCGUCAAACAUCCGUGCCCGACCUCACUAAUGCUCUUGUGGCUGAAUGGAAGCAAGUCCCUGCAGCAAUGUUCCAACAUCUGGUGGAAAGCCUUCCCAGAAGAGUGGAGGCUGUUAUAGCAGCAAAGGGGGGACAUUUACAUUUUAAAUUUUUGUCAUUUAGCAGACGCUCUUAUCCAGAGCGACUUACAGGAGCAAUUAGGGUUAAGUCCUUGCUCAAGGGCACAUCGACAGAUUUUUCACCUAGUCGGCUCGGGGAUUAGAACCAGCGACCUUUCGGGUACUGGCACAACGCUCUUAACCACUAAGCUACCUGCCGCCCCGGGACCAACUCCAUAUUAAUGCCCAUCAUUUUGGAAUGAGAUGUUUGACGAGCAGGUGUCCACAUACUUUUGGUCAUGUAGUGUAGCUUCAAGCACUGUUGGUCCAUUACUUAAUACCCCUAACAGUGUAUUCUCUGUCUCCAUUCUAAGCAUCAUGUAUACAUUCCCCUUCACGUGAGCUUUACUCAGGUGUGAUUGCACUUACCACAGCACAAUGAGCACGUAGCUUCAGGCCUCAUAGUUUCCAUCAACGUUGUAAACACCUACCACCAGUCUGACCUGAGACAAUGCUGUCAACACUUCACUCCUUCCUUCUCUUUGCAUCCAAAAUGGCACCCUAGGGCAGUGGUCAAAAGUAGUGCAUUAUAUAGGGAAUAGGGUGCCAUUUGGGACAUACCCUAAGAGUUUGUCUCCUGUCUCAGGACAGAUGACCACAUUGUUACAUUACCAACAAUCCACAUUUGGAUUGUUGGUAAGCCCCUGGUUUUCAGGCCCAUGCAGUGUAUUGUGCAAUAUCAUGCAUUUCUUAGCUCCACAGGGUGCCAUCUAGUGGUAUAGUAUUGAUGUGCAGGCUCAGCCUGUCUUAACUCUGAGAAGGAGUGCUGCACAUGCACAAUGGGUUUUUCCUGACCUGACCAGGAAGAACUCUGGUCUGUGCUAUCUGAGAUCCUUUGGACGUCCCUACCGUAACCCUAAACUUAACCCCUACCUUAACCAUUUAAAAUGUCAACUUCAAUGGGGUAGGGACGUCCCAAGGAUCCCGGAUAGCACAUACCAUUUAACAGACUACAAGUACAGCUUGGGCUGUGUCCAUUAAUAUAUCCUUUCUCCUGAAGUGUGCAUUUAUUCACUACUUCCCACAAAUCUAAAAGCAUUGGAAUAGUGGAGGCAUGGGCUAGUGGGAGUUUCUACCAUAUUUCUUAUACCAGAAAAAUCUCCCUCUGUCUCUCUGUCUCUCUGUCUCUCUGUCUCUCUGUCUCUCUGUCUCUCUCCCUUCGUCUUGCUCUUGCUUUCUCUCUCUCUCUCUCUCUCUCUCUCUAGGAACCUGCUCUAUGUGUACCCCCAGCGGCUCAACUUCGUCAACAGGCUGACUUCAGCAAGGAACAUCACCAUUAAAAUCCAGUUUAUGAGUGGAGAAGACCCAAGCUGUGUACUGCCUGUGAGUUUGACACACACACACACACACACACACACACACACACACACACACACACACACAAUGCUCAUACAGAAUGUUCACCUACGUCGCUGUGACAUGUUUAACAUGGUUUUAUUGAUUUUACUCUUUCUUUUUCCUCCUAGGUCAUUUUUGGAAAAUCAAAUGGUCCUGAGUUUCUGCAAGAAGUAUACACCCCAGUCACGUACCAUAACAAGCAAGUGGAUGCUAUUUUAUAUACUUCAUGCUAAAUGCUAAUAAUACAACUACCGCAUGAUAUGCAUAUUACAUUUUCUAAUAUAAUAAUCUUCAUUUUUUUCUGUGUUCUCUCUGUCUCUGUAUGACUGGGACUCAGGUCUCCAGACUUCUAUGAGGAGGUGAAGAUAGCUCUGCCUGCCAGGCUGACUGAGAGACACCACCUCUUGUUUACCUUCUACCAUAUCAGCUGUCAACAGAAACAGAAUCAGACAGCCCCCAGUGAGACACUCAUAGGAUUCUCUGUAAGUCUGACCCCUCAAACCUUGUCUCACCUGUGCCUAUAUUCAUACAGUGCCUCAGAGUAGGAGUAGUGAUCUAGGAUCAGCUCCUCGCUGUCCAUGUAAUCUUAUUCAUUGUGAUCGAAAAGGCAAAACUGAUCCUAGAGCAGCAAUCCUACUCUGAGACGUAAUGGAUGCAUUUACACAGGCAGCUCAAUUCUAAUUGGUCAAAAGAUCUGAUCUGGCCUCACGAGUGGCGCAGCGGUCUAAGGCACUGCCUCGCAGUGCUUGAGGCGUCACUACAGCCCUGGGAUCGAUCCCAGGCUGUGUCACAGGCGGCCGUGACCGGGAGACCCAUGAGGCGGCGCACAAUUGGCCCAGCGUCGUCCGGGUUAGGGGAGGGUUUGGCCGCACGGGAUUUCCUUGUCCCAUCGCGCUCUAGCGACUCCUUGUGGCGGACAGGGUGCCUGCAAGCUGACCUUGGUUGCCAGUUGUACGGUGUUUCCUCCGACACAUUGGUGCGGCUGGCAUCCGGGUUAAGCGAGCAGUGUGUCAAGAAGCAGUGCCGCUUCGUGUUUCGGAGGACGCAUGGCUCUCGACCUUCGCCUCUCCUGAGUCCAUAUGGGAGUUGCAGCGAUGGGACAAGACUGUAACUACCAAUUGGAUAACACAAAAUUGGGGAGAAAAAGGGGUAAUGGUAAAAAAAUUGAAUAAAGAUCUGAUUCGUCAAAAGACCAAUUAUUGGCAGAAGAUCAGAAUUAGGCUGCCUGUGUAGGCACAGCCUAUGAAUACGGCCCCUGGUCUCAUCUGCUCUGGAUCACACUGGUUUCAUGUUGUCUUACAUGAACAUGCAGCUACUCUACUGAACAUGGCGAUGCACACAACAAUUCAAUCAUGUUUAUGUAUGAUCUAUAUACUAUAUUGCACAAUAUGUUUAGUAAGUGAUUCUCCUCAAUGAUAUGUAGAUGGUCUAUCUUCUGUAUGUGAGUGUCCAUAGUGUCUGUCAAUAGUCAAUGUGUGCUGAUAGCUGAUGUACUGUCUAUCCCCCUGUUUACUGUAGUGGCUGCCUUUACUGAAUACUGACAGACUACAGACUGGUCAGUACUGCCUCCCUAUCGCCCUGGACCGACUGCCUGUCAACUACUCACUGCACUCGCCUGAGGUAACCGUUCAUUUGUCCAUUUCAAUUCUCCAGACAACAGUUAAAUGUGGUCCUCUGUAGCUCAAUUGGUAGAGCAUGGCGCUUGUAACGCCAGGGUAGUGAGUUCGAUCCCCGAUACCACCCAUACGUAAAAAUUUAUACACACAUGACUGUAAGUCGCUUUGGAUAAAAGCGUCUGCUAAAUGGCAUAUUAAAUUAUAUUAAAUUAAAUUUAAUUUAAAUUUUAAAUUAAAUUUUAAAAAAUAAGUUGUAUCAGUAGAAUGUAAAGUGGGGGGUGGCUCCCCCUUGUGGAUAGAAGAUACUUAGUUGUCAUUCGUUGAUUGAUUUACUGAUUUAUUAAUUGUUUUUACAUGGCAACAGACAUAUCUUUUUUUGUUAAAGUGCAAGGCUUGUGAGUAGGCUCAGAAUGAGUUAAUAUGUCAAUCUCUUUCUCUUUCUCUCUCUCUUUUUCUCUCUCUGCAGAAGAUUGCCCCUCAGGUCCCUCCAGUCAAGUGGAUGGAGAGCCACAAAGGAGUGUUCAACCUGGAGAUACAGGCUGUGUCCUCUGUACACACACAGGUAAGUCUACACACACACACACACACGCAUGCAUGCACACUCAAAAAUGUUUUAUUUAUUAACCCCUUCCCCACCCCAGGAUAACCACUUGGAGCGUUUCUUCACGUUGUGCCAUGCCCUGGAGGGCGGAGUGACGUUCCCACUCCGGGUUCGGGAAGAGAAGAUUCCGGAGAACAAGCUGGAGCACGAGCUGAAGCUGAGCAUCAUCUCCCUGUCCUCCUCCAGACUGGAACCUCUGGUCCUCUACCUCCACCUGGUCUUAGAUAAACUCUUCACCCUCAUCAUGCAGCCCAUGGUCAUCGCUGGACAGACGGGUACCUAUAUAUAAGGGGAGGUCACCUGGGCUUUCAGACAGACAGGUACCCAGGGCGACAUCACUGUCCUGGGCGUUCAGACAGACCAGUACCUAGGGAAUGUCACCUGGGUAUUCAGACAGACAGGUACCCAGGGGGACGUCACUGUCCUGGGUUUUCAGACAGACAGAUACCUAAGAGGACGUCACCAUCCUGGGCUUUCAGAUAGACAGCUAGAGCAAGACAGGCACUCCACUGGAAGGACAGACAGGUAGUGGGAGAGUUUACCUGAUAUGUUUGACGUGUGUGUGUGUAUUUAUUUCCUAGCCAACCUAGCCCAGAUAGCAUUUGAGUCGGUGGUGUCCAUCGUCAACAGUCUCCACAACAGCCAGGAGCUGGCCAGGGACCAGCAGGGCAGGAACGGUCUCCUUGCAACAUACCUUUACUGGGUGUUCCGCCUGGCCGACUCUCCCCUGGAGCUCCUCAACACAGGUAGGUACCACCAGACACGUUGUCAUGGUGAUGAGAGUAAGAGACUGGACGUCACUUUAUAUGAAACAGCCUCAUGAGCACUACUAGAAUAUGCUGCGCUGAACACAGUAACUGCAGAUAAGAUACAUUAAACAGUAAUAAUUGAAAUGAAGGGUAACUGUGUAAUUACACCAAUACAUUGCUAUAGUAUCUUACCUAGUUAUUUUCAGAUUACCUCAUUUUGCUCUGUUGUAGCUUUGGCAACUAUGUGUGUGUUUUCUAUCCCAGUUCACUCCUCUCGCUGUAGGCUUUACAGACGCUCCCCACCCCUUGGCUGCAACCCUUCUAAUUUAGUGUACCAUGCGCGAACAACCCAUGUGGAAUUUCUGGUCUCCGGCAGUGUUUGGAACGGCCGAUCUGCGGUCAAGAACGCAGAGUUCAUCUCAGCCUGUGUUGCCCUUCAGGCCCUAGACUUUUUGGCCCUGACAGAGACAUGGAUCACCCCAGAGAACACUGCACAGGGCCACUAAUUUUUCCGGUGGAGAUUUUGUAUUUUCUCCGUCACUCACCUGUCCUUCUCCUCAUUUGAAUUCCAUGCUGUCACUGUCACUUGUCCACUCAAGCUUAACAUUGUUGUUGUCUAUCACCCACUAGGUGCCCUUAGAGUUCCUCAAUGAGUUUGACACCUUGAUAAGCUCAUUUCCUGACGAUGGCUCACCACUCUUUGUACUGGGUCACUUCAACCUCCCAAUGUCUGCCUUCAAUUAAUUGCUUUCCAACUCUUUCUUUCCCCUCCUUGCCUCUUUUAACCUCACCCUUUCCCAGUCCCCUCCCACUCACAAGGCAGGCAAUACGCUUGACCUCCUCUUUACUAGAGGCUGUUUGCCUUCUAAUCUCAAGGCAACCCACCUCCAGGUCUCUGAUCACCACUGUGUUUCCUUUUCUGGCUCCCUCUCCUCCAACCCUUGCCACUCAGCUCCUACCCAGAUGGUCAUGCACCGUCGCAACCUUCGCUCUCUCUCUCUCUCUCUCCCACUACACUCUCCUAUUUUAUCCUAUCAUCUCUCCCUUCUGCUAAAUCCUUCUCCCUCCUGCCUCUUCGACCCUACUAUCCUCCCUUUCCGCAUGCUAUGACUUGCACAUUCCCCUUUCUUUCCGGCCGGCUCGGCCCUCCCCUCCUGCUCUGUGGCUGAGUGACUCAUUGUGAGGAAAUGGAUGAACACUCAACUUCCUGAGGACCUAUCAUCCUUUAACUCCCUCCUCUCUACCUUCUCUUCCUCUGUAUCCCCUGCUAAAGCCACUUUCUAUCAAUCUAAAUUUCAAGCUUCUGCCUCUAACCCUAGGAAACUAUUUUCCACCUUCUCCUCCAUCCCCUCCCGCUCCUGUCCCCUUCCCAGAAUGCAAAGAACCUUGGCGUGACCCUGUCAUUCUCUGCAAACGUCAAAGCAGUGACGCUCUCCUGCAGGUUCAUGCUCUACAACAUCCGUAGAGUACGACCCUACCUCACACAGGAAGCGGCGCAGGUGCUAAUCCAGGCACUUAUCAUCUCCCGUCUGGACUACUGCAACUUGCUGUUGGCUGGGCUCCCCACUUGUGCCAUCAAACCUCUGCAACUUAUCCAGAACGCUGCAGCCCGCCUGGUGUUCAACCGUCCCAAAUUUUCCCAUGUCACCCCGCUCCUCCGCAAACUCCACUGGCUUACAGUCAAAGCUCGCAUCCACUACAAGACCAUGGUGCUUACCUACAGAACAGCAAAAGGAAUUGCCCCUCCCUACCUUCAGGCUAUGCUCAAACCCUACACCCCAACCAGAGGACUCUGUUCUGCCACCUCAGGUCUCUUGGCCCUCCCACCCCUACGCUCAGCCCAGUCCAAGCUCUUCUCUGUCCUGGCACCCCAAUGGUGGAACCAGCUUCACCCUGAAGCUAGGACAGCAGAGUCCCUGCCCAUCUUCUGAAAACAUCUGAAACCAUAUCUUAAACAAUCUCACAGCACCCCCCCUCGCUACCCUCCUCGUCAUUUGUGAACUACCACUCGCACUUGACUCUUUUUCCUCUUACUAGCUCUGACUUUGCUGAUAGCUACUUUAUUGAGGAAAAAUGUACUUACUGUGAUAUGUGGUUGUCCCACCUAGCUAGCUUAAGGUGAAUGCACUAACUGUAAGUCGCUCUGGAUAAGAGUGUCUGCUAAAUGGCUAAAAUGUAAAAAUGUAAAACCUGUGAAUCAAGAUAAGCAAAAAAGUGUGAUGGGGCCACACUCAAAAAUAUGUUGCAUAAAGUUUACUUCAUUUAAAAAAUAAUAAUUUUAAAACAUACAAUCUACCUACAGUCAUCUAGCAGACACUCCCGUCCAGAGCGACCCACAAGAGCAACCAGGGCCACAGGCCCAAGCUCCCAACCGCCAGACCACCAACCAUCCAAGAUCCCCCCACAGUUCCCCCGAGAGCUGCCCCUCAACUAUCCGAGACCCUCCCACAGUCCCCCCCAAAAAAAACUCCCCCUCCACUCCCCACCCCCAAACCCCCACCUCCAACCCAACCAAAUCAACCACCUUACUUAAUUUUUUUAUUAUUUUUACUGCAUCAGGAUAUCAUACAUAGAAGUUUUAGCUUAACAGCCAUCUUCAGUGUGCAGGUUUAGUGUGCAGGUUUAGUGUGCAGGUUUAGUGUGUAGGUUUAGUGUGCAGGUUUAGUGUGCAGGUUUAGUGUGCAGGUUUAGUGUGUAGGUUUAGUGUGUAGGUUUAGUGUGCAGGUUUAGUGUGUAGGUUUAGUGUGUAGGUUUAGUGUGUAGGUUUAGUGUGCAGGUUUAGUGUGCAGGUUUAGUGUGUAGGUUUAGUGUGCAGGUUUAGUGUGUAGGUUUAGUGUGCAGGUUUAGUGUGUAGGUUUAGUGUGCAGGUUUAGUGUGUAGGUUUAGUGUGUAGGUUUAGUGUGCAGGUUUAGUGUGCAGGUUUAGUGUGCCGGUUUAGUGUGUAAGUUUAGGUUCAGUGUGUAAAGCAAAGUGUGACCAGGUAGAUCAUGCAAGUGAUAUGGUUCUCCCCUGUGUGUCCAGGUCCAGGUGAGGUGUUACCUCCCACUGAGGGGCGCUACAGUACUAUGGGGCGGGCCUCAGCCACCACAGUAGGAGCCAUGUUACUGCAGUCUCGGCUCCGCAGCAGCAGCAACCCUGAUAUACCUGCUCCACUCAGUACAGAGAACACAGAGGUCAUAAACAUCUUGUCAGCUAAGGUACUGAUACGCAUGCAGAGCCGUGAUUGAGUGGGUAACACUCCUGGCUCUAUGCACCUGCACAAGUUCACGCCGGAGACCUGGGUUUAAUCCCCAAAUCCACCUUGCACUUUCUCCUCUUAAUCUGUCCCCCUGUCUGUUUCUGAUUUAUCUGGAAUAAAACAAAUGAAAUACCUAAGGGGACUGAAUCUCCACUCUCUUUAAUGAUGCACUAUGCAGAAUUCACUCUGCCAUUUUCCUGGUUGCUAAAAUUCUAAUGGUUCGCCUAAUUUCAGUUUGUGACAAAACAAGCAAGUAUAGUGUAGAGAAUCAUUGUACCAUCUAAACUGCUGUGAAAUAUAUUUUCCAUAACCCAAAAUAUUGUAUAAUUAUUUUAAAUUGCAGCUUUAUAAAAAGGUACUGAUACACUACACUAAAGACCGAGUCAAUGAACAUCCUCUCAGUCUAGAGCUAGCCACAAACACAUCCUCUAGUGGAGCAAGUAGCAUCACAGGCUAUGGUUGGUUUGCAACACAUCACUACGCUCAAGCCUUUUGAUAUCUGAUCCCCUGGGUCUUUGGCUGUAGUGUAGACUUACUGGGUUGGGCCAUGCAAAACCAUGUCUGCAUCCCAAAUGGCACCCCAUUGGCCCUGGUAAAAAGUAGUGCACUAUAUAGGGAAUAGGGUGCCAUUUGGGGGACACAACCUGUCUGUUUGUCUGUGUUUCUAAAGCUCCAAUAACCCAGAUAGUGUAUAACGGUCUGGUUCAGAUUCUUCAUGACCACCCUGUUGUUGCUGUCUUCCCCCUCAGGGCUACAACAACCCAGGCAGUCGCAUGUCCACCUAUGUGGAUUCGAGCAGCCACACUCAGAGGUCUACAAGUGGGACCCGGCCCUCCAACAGAAAGGUAACACAUACCAGAAAGAGACACCAUAAUACAUCGUUAUUUACCUCUGUGAUACCAACAGUCACCAGUGUAGGGCAGUGUUAUACUGAGCAGGCCAGAACAUAUACUAGAAUGUAGACUUCUGUAAACUACUGUAUCUUCUAUACUGGGUAAACACUGACAAUAACAUCCUCAUUUGGAUUCUUAGUAGAAUGUUAUUUAUACAUCUCAGUGGGCUGUUACAUAGUAGCCAGUAAAACCUUCCAUAUAAUGUGAUGUGUAUAUCUAUGGUUCUGUAGCAAACUACACUGGCUUGUGAAAUAGAGGCUGAACAUGACAUUGACCUUAGGUUCUAUACAGUCACAAAGACGUUUGUGUGUGUGUGUGUGUGAAUUAAACAAAAAUUAACAGUAAACAUUACAUUCGCAGAAGUUUCAAAUGUCUUAUAAUGUCUAUAUACAGUGUUGUAAUGAUUUGCAAAUAGUUAAAGUACAAAAAGGAAAAAUAAAUAAACAUAAAUAUAGGUUGUAUUUGCAAUGGUGUUUGUUCUUCCCUGGUUGCCCUUUUCUUGUGGCAACAGGUCACAAAUCUUGCUGCUGUGAUUGCAUACUGUGGUGUUUCACCCAAUAGAUAUGGGAGUUUAUCCAAAUUGGAUUUGUUUUCGAAUUCUUUAUGGGUCUGUGUAAUCUGAGGGAAGUAUGUGUCUCUAAUAUGGUCAUACAUUUGGCAGGAAGUUAGGAAGUGCAGCUCAGUUUCCACCUCAUUUUGUGGGCAGUGUACACAUAGCCCAUCUUCUCUUGAGAGCCAGGUUUGCCUACGGCGGCCUUUCUCAAUAGCAAGGCUAUGCUCACUGAGUCUGUACAUAGUCAAAGAUUUCCUUAAUUUUGGGUCAGUCACAGUGGUCAGGUAUUCUGCCACUGUGUACUCUCUGUUUAGGGCCAAAUAGCAUUGUAGUUUGCUCAGUUUUUUUGUAAAUUUUUUCCAACGUGUCAAGUAAUUAUCUUUUUGUUUUCUCAUGAUUUGGUUGGGUCUAAUAGUGUUGCUGUCCUGGGGCUCUGUGGGGUGUCUGUGUUUGUGAACAGAGCCCCAGGACCAGCUUGCUUAGGGGACUCUUCUCCAGGUUCAUCUCUCUGUAGGUGAUGGCUUUGUUAUGGAAGGUUUGGGAAUCGCUUCCUUUUAGGUGGUUGUAGAAUUUAACAGCUCUUUUCUGGACUGUGAUAAUUAGCGGGUAUCGGCCUAAUUCUGCUCUGCAUGCAUUAUUUGGUGUUUUACGUUGUACACUGAGGAUAUUCUUGCAGAAUUCUGCAUGGAGAGUCAAUGUGUUUGUCCCAUUUUGUGAAUUAUUGGUUGGUGAGCGGACCCCAGACCUCACAAUCAUAAAGGGCAAUGGGUUCUAUAACUGAUUCAAGUAUUUUUUGCCAGAUCCUAAUUGGUAUGUCAAAUUUUUUUUUCCUUUUGAUGGCAUGGAAGGCCCUUCUUGCCUUGUCUCUCAGAUCAUUCACAGCUUUGUGGCGGUUACCUGUGAUGUUUAGGCCGAGGUAUGUAUAGGGCAACGGUGUCUAGAUGGAAUUUGUAUAUGUGGUCCUGGCAACUGGACCUUUUUUGGAACACCAUUAUUUUUGUCUUACUGAGAUUUACUGUCAGGGCCCAGGUCUGACAGAAUCUGUGCCGAAGAUCUAGGUGCUGCUGUAGGCCCUUCCUUGGUUGGGGACAUAAUCACCAGAUCAUCAGCAAACAGUAGACAUUUAACUUCAGAUUCUAGUAGGGUGAGGCCGGGUGCUGCAGACUGUUCUAGUGCCCUCGCCAAUUUGUUUAUAUAUAUGUUGAAGAGGGUGGGGCUUAAGCUUCAUGCCUGUCUCACCCUACGGCCCUGUGGAAAGAAAUGUGUGUGGUUUUUGCCAAUUUUUACCACACACUUGUUGUUUGUGUACAUGGAUUUUAUAAUGUCGUAUGUUUUUCCCCCAACACCACUUUCCAUCAAUUUGUAUAGCAGACCCUCAUGCCAAAUUGAGUCAAAAGCUUUUUUGAAAUCAACAAAGCGUGAGAAGACUUUACCUUUGUUUUGGUUUGUUUGAUUGUCAAUUAGGGUGUGCAGGGUGAAUUCGUGGUCUGUCGUACGGUAAUUUGGUAAAAAGCCAAUUUGACAUUUGCUCAGUACAUUGUUUUCACUGAGGAAAUGUACGAGUCUGCUGUUAAUGAUAAUGCAGAGGAUUUUCCCAAGGUUGCUGUUGAUGCAUAUCCCACGGUAGUUAUUGGGGUCAAAUUUGUCUCCACUUUUGCGGAUUGGGGUGAUCAGUCCUGGGUUCCAAAUAUUGGGGAAGAUGCCAGAGCUAAGGAUGAUGUUAAAGAGUUUAAGUAUAGCCAAUUGGAAUUUGGCAUCUGUAUAUUUUAUAAUUUCAUUGAGGGAUACCAUCAACACCACAGGCCUUUUUGGGUUGGAGGGUUUAUAUUUUGUCCUGUAGUUCAUUCAAUGUAAUUGGAGAAUCCUGUGGGUUCUGGUAGUCUUUAAUAGUUGAUUCUAAGAUUUGUAUUUGAUCAUGUAUAUGUUUUUGCUGUUUGUUUGGCCAAACAUAUUGGAGAAAUGGUUUACCCAUACAUCUCAGUUUUGGAUAGAUAACUCUUCGUGUUGUUGUUUGGAUUCUUCAAUUAUAUUGAGCUGAUUUCUGACGUGCUGUUCCUUCUUUUUCCGUAGUGUAUUCCGCUAUUGUUUUAUUGAUUCACCAUAGUGAAGGUGUAGGCUCAGGUUUUCUGGGUCUCUGUUUUUGGUUGAAUAGGUUUCUCAAUUUCUUUCUUAGGGCUUUGCAAUCUUCAUCAAACCAUUUGUCAUUGUUGUUAAUUUUCUUUGCUUUUCAGUUUAACAAUUUUAGAUUUGGUAGGGAAGCUGAGAGAUCAAAUAUACUGUUUAGGUUUUCUACUGCCAAGUUUACACCUUCACUAUUACAGUGAAAUGUUUUGUCCAGGAAGUUGUCUAAAAGGGAUUGAAUUUGUUGUUACCUAAUUGUUUUUUGGUAGGUUUCCACACUACUUUCCUUCCAUCUAUAGCAUAUCUUAAUAUUAUUCAGUUCCUUUGACUUUGAUGCCUCAUUAUUGAGUAUUUCUCUGUUCAAGUCUCUGUCUCGCUCUAUAACAUAUAGGUUGUACUUUGCAUAUAAGAAGUAACACUGAGAGUCCAGGAUGGAUGUGGUCCUUAUAAAGAGUACACUGUGUUCUACCUGUAGGUUACCAGACAGUACUGUAUUAGUGGUGGUAGUAACCCAAGGCUCUGUGUUUCUCUGACAGCAGUUCCAUGAGGAGUUGGCUCUACAGAUGGUGGUCAGCACGGGAGUCUGCAGAGAGAACACAUACAAAUACGCCUGGUUCUUCUUUGAACUGCUGGUAAGUGUGUUCAAUAUAUUUUACAAUAUAGCCCUAGCGUGUUUUGCUUAAUGGAGUUGUUCUUGGACUACAAGAAAUUAAUGUAUGUAUCCGAGUACACCCGUGUGUGUGUGUGUGUGUGUGUGUGUGUGUGUGUGUGUGUGUGCCCAGGUGAAGAGCAUGGCCCAGCACGUGUCUCAGCUGGAGAAGCAGGACGUCCCUCGCAGGAGCCGCUUCUCAGACCGCUUCAAAGAUGACAUCACCACCAUCGUCUCCGUGGUUACUGCCGAGAUAGGGACCAUCCUGGUCAAACAGCAGAAGGUUAGUAACAGUGUAUGAUUUAUAUACGCUAGCACUUUUUGUAGACUCGAUCUAUCAAAUCAUCGCUUAACUUCCACUGCUCAUUUUAAUAAAAAUAAAAUGUUUGAUCUGAUGUCUCUAAGGAGACCAUUGGCUGGUAUUAACUGAAAAUCAACUGUUUGUUUGUGUUGUUGUUAGGAGUUGGAGCAGGCAGAGAAGGUAAACAUCAGCCUUGCCUUCUUCCUGUAUGACCUGCUGUCUCUCAUGGACCGAGGCUUCGUCUUCAUCCUGGUCAAAAACUACUGCAACCAGGUCACUACCACAAUACACUUCUCUAACCACAAUAUUCUACGGUCCUAUUUUAUAUUUAAGUGACGCUACAAAAGAUGGAAGUUACAUGGUAGUUACUUAUAGGAAGUUGCUAUACAGCAUAACUACAAAGGAGGUGACCAAUUCUAGACUCUAUUUCUAUGUCGCUGACCAUAUCCCAUGUCAAUAACUUAAACUGACCUUGACCAUGUGACCUGCCGUAACCUCUGAUUGGUUAUUUCCAGAUUUCGGCAAAGAGCAUUUCCAUGCCAACCAUGAUCAGCAUGCGAUUGGAGUUCCUGCGUAUCCUGUGCAGUCAUGAGCACUACCUCAACCUCAGCCUUUACUUCAGUAGUCCCGCCUCCGCACCCGGCUCCCCAUGCCCAUCCAUCUCCUCACAGGUCAGUCUGCAUGUCAGUCAAAAUCCUAUCGGCCAGUCCACAGCACUCACCUGCGGCUUUGGGAUUUGAGGUUAUAGUGGAGUAUUGUUAAGGCGGGGUGUUGAGGAAAGUAUUCUUGAUUAAAGUUAUCUUUCUCUCCUUGUUGUUUCAUAUUCCUAUUUCCCCCCCGUCUAUCUCUCUUUCUCCUUUCUCCCCCCUCCCCCCGUCUCUCUCUCCCCCGUUUCUCUCUGCAGAGCUCCAGUUCAUGUAGUUUCCAGGAGCAGAAGAUCCUGGACCUGUUUGAUCUGUCUCACGGGUUUAAACAGCAGCACUACCUUACUGGUCUACUCCUCACCGAGCUCAGCGCUGCACUGGACAUGGAGUCAGAGGGGUCAGUACACACACACACACACACACACACACACACACACACACACACACACACGUACACACACACAUACAUACGUACCUGUGUGCUUAUGAGAUUGUGUGUAGGGGUAAGGUCCAGAGGAAGGCCAUCAACGCAACCUACAGUCUGCUGUGUGUCCAUGACCUGGACCAGCGCUGUGCCCAGCCUGAGGUCAGGGCCAAGGUGGCCACUCUUUACCUCCCCCUGGUGGGCAUCAUCAUUGACUCCAUCAACUACCUGGACUUCACAGGUACUGGCCUUGGCCACAUUCCAUAUCCACCCCUAGAUCCUACCCAUUAGCACUUAAUGUACAUUGGCUAAGGAGUUGGUUGAUUGGUUUGGAACUGGGUUGAUGUGAACUGUGUUUAGAGAGUUUGGUGCAGAGCUGUGGCUGUUAACAAUCCCCGCUCUCAACAAAUAUGCCACUCCCCACCGGAGAUGACCCUUUCAACUAUCUCCUCUCUCUACCUCUGUGUAACCCUUUAGUAACUUCUAAUCUGUCUAAAUAAAGCUUGAAAAUAUAUAUUUGUAAGUAUUUGACCCUUGUGUGUCUCCGCAGUGUCCGAGGCUCGCGGAGGGAAGAACAAGACAGGUGGGUCAGACGAAGACCCCGACAACGUCACGCCCAUCAAUCAGUCUAUUGCCAUGGCGAUCGCCGGCAACCCCUUCAACACCUUGGCGAGGAAUGCCCAACCUUCCAUGGCGUCUGUGGUAAGACUGUAGGAAUGUUGUUAUGGUUUCGUAUCAGUGGGACUUUCUCAUUUCACCUCCAAGCACAUACUGUAUGUUUGGGUUCCUCAAUCAGAACUGGAGAAAGCUUGCUUUUCAAACUGCAUCAAAAUGAUUUAUUAACAUUGAAAUUAGAGUAGUCAAUUCUUUACACACAAACUUGAAACAUAAGUGCUCUGUGUUUUUGUGACUAGCGGUGUCAGCGUCUGUUUCUGUGUGUUUGUGUGCAUGCACAAGGGGGCUGCCGUGUAGCAGGUGUGCUGCUGUGAGGUAGACUGAUGAGCUGUCAGAUGCACACACAUACUCCAUCCAUUCUGAGACGCCAGCUCUCUCUCUCACUCACACACGCGUGUAGACACCACACACACACACACACACACACACACGGGAGAUGCUUUAUGGGCAGGCAUUAUAAUCAUAAGUGACCUGGGCUGUCCUGAGCAACACACACAUCCAUCAAACAUAGCCACGGCAACACUGCAGCCACUGAACACUCUGUCUCUCCUGUCAUAACUUGCCUCUGCUGGGUGAAUGUAUGCCCUAUAUACGCUAUACACAAUGCUAUCAAUGACUGGUCUAUAUGGAAUAUUCAACCUCUUAGUUAGAUGGAGCACCUGUUUACUCCAAAAGGAGAACCCAUAAGCCACACUAUAUCUCUGAUCAUAUUGCAGUGAAUCUGUCCACUUUAAAGUAUACACCUCUGUUCUCCUUCCUCUACCAGUCUGCUAAAGGCCUUUGCAGACUGUACGUCGAAUUCUGUCUUUUACGAUUAUCACGUCACACUGUGCGACGUUAUCAAAUUAAACUCUUGAUAGCAACCUGGCCAGAUUGUACGAUUUGCUUCAGUUCUGUCGUCCCAUUCUGCGAUUGGCUUGCUAGGCUACGUCAACUGCAGCGGUGUAUUGGCUCUGCGCAUCAAAUCAAAUCAAAUGUUAUUUGUCAUAUGCGCUGAAUACAACAGGUGUAGACCUUACAGUGAAAUGCUUACUUACAAGCUCUUAACCAACAAUGCAGUUUUAAGAAAGAAUACCAAAAAAAUACAAUAUAAAAUAAUACGAAAUAAAAGUAACAAAUAAUUAAAGAGCAGCAUUAAAAAUAAGUAUAGCGAGGCUAUAUACAGGGGGUACCGGUACCGAGUCAAUGUGCGGGGGCACUGGUUAAUUGAGGUAAUAUGUACAUGUAGGUAGAGUUAUUAAAUUGACUAUGCAUAGAUAAUAAACAGAGAGUAGCAGCAGCGUAAAAGGGGAGGGGGGCAAUGCAAAUAGUCUGGGUAGCCAUGAUUAGCUGUUCAGGAGUCUUAUGGCUCCGGGGUAGAAGCUGUUUAGAAGCCUAUUGGAACUAGACUUGGCGCUCCGGUACCGCUUGCCAUGCGGUAGCAGAGAGAACAGUCUAUGACUAGGGUGGCUGGAGUCUUUGACAAUUCUUAGGGCCUUCCUCUGACACUGCCUGGUAUAGAGGUCCUGGAUGGCAGGAAGCUUGGCUCCAGUGAUGUACUGGGCCGUAUGCACUACCCUCCGUAGUGCCUUGCGGUCUGAGGCCGAGCAGUUGCCAUAUCAGGCAGGGAUGCAACAAGUCAGGAUGCUCUCGAUGGUGCAGCGGUAGAACCUUUUGAGGAGCUGAGGACCCAUGCCAAAUCUUUUCAGUCUCCUUAGGGGGAAUAGGUUUUGUUGUGCCCUCUUCACGACUGUCUUGGUGUGCUUGGACCAUGUUAGUUUGCUGGUGAUGUGGACACCAAGGAACAUGAAGCUCUCAACCUGCUCCACUACAGCCCCGUCGAUGAGAAUGGGGGCGUGCUCGGUCCUCUUCUUUUUCCUGUAGUCCACAAUCAUCUCCUUUGUCUUGAUCACGUUGAGGGAGAGGUUGUUGUCCUGGCACCACACGGCCAGGUCUCUGACCUCCUCCCUAUAGGCUCUCGUCGUUGUCGGUGAUCAGGCCUACCACUGUUGUGUCAUUGGCAAACUUAAUGACGGUGUCGAGCCUGGCCAUGCAGUCAUGAGUGAACAGGGAGUACAGGAAGGGACUGAGCACUCACCCCUGAGGGUCCCCCGUGUUGAGGAUCAGCGUGGCGGAUGUGUUGUUACCUACUCUUACCACCUGGGGUGGCCCGUCAGGAAGUCCAGGAUCCAGUUGCAGAGGGAGGUGUUUAGUCCCAGGGUCCUUAGCUUAGUGAUGAGCUGUGAGGGCACUAUGGUGUUGAACGCUGAGCUGUAGUCAAUGAAUAGCAUUCUCACAUAGGUGUUCCUUUUGUCCAGGUGUGAAAGGGCAAUGUGGAGCGCAAUAGAGAUUGCAUCAUCUGUGGAUCUGUUGGGGCGGUGUGCAAAUUGGAGUGGGUCUAGGGUUUCUGGGAUAAUGGUGUUGAUGUGAGCCAUGACCAGCAUUUCACAGAACUUCAUGGCUACAAACGUGAGUGCUACGGGUUUGUAGUCAUUUAGGCAAGUGUUCUUGGGCACAGGGACUAUGGUGGUCUGCUUGAAACAUGUUGGUAUUACAGACUCAGUCAGGGAUAUGUUGAAAAUGUCAGUGAGGACACUUGCCAGUUGGUCAGCGCAUGCUCGGAGUACACGUCCUGGUAAUCCGUCUGGCCCUGCGGCCUUGUGAAUGUUCACUUGUUUAAAGGUCUUACUCACAUCGGCUACGGAGAGUGUGAUCACACAGUCGUCCGGAACAGCUGAUGCUCUCAUGCAUGUUUCAGUGUUACUUGCCUCGAAGCGAGCAUAUGCUUAUGCGCAAGUGAAGUGAGUUCGGAAAAAGUAUGCAUCUUAGAAAUAGUUUUCAUAUACAAACUUUAUAUGUCCGAACUCAGAAUCAAAUAGGCUUCCCAAAAAUAACAUGGUCGCUGUGGUAGAACAUUUAUUUUGAUUGACCAUUUUGUAAACUAUGAAUAUCCCAUCAGGUAGCCUGAUUUCAGAUGUGUCAUGUACCAAGAUUAUUAGGGAAAUCGUUCUUCUUGCACAGCAUGUAGGCUAAACAUUUAAAUCAAACUAUUAGACCUAUAAUAAUCUGACUAGUCACAAUAAUUGUAUUAUUGUGUGCAUACUCCGUGUUCCUAUUGGUCAGUCACCGGGAUCAGCUCGUAACACCAGCCACACUACACAAUUAAGGCAACAACAUUUGGACACUGCUAGAACUUUAUCGGCGCCUACGACCGCACGUAGCUGUACUUAAUCGGCAGACCAUGACCCUGUCAGCCUGAAUGAGCCAAGACAUCCGAUAAUCGUUUACGACCUAAGAAUUUGCCCACGAUGUGGAAAUGUUUGACUGGGAUGGCAAAAUAGUUGCAUAAGAUGGCUAAAAUCGUUCAGUCUUCAAAAGCCUUAAGGCCGUGGCCACCCUGUGUGUUUCCGUGUUUCCUAUAGUAAUAUAACUCUGUCUCUCUCCUCUCUACCAGUCUGGUAAGGCGGUGGCCACCCUGUCAGCAGAGACCAGUCGUAACCUGCUGCUGUGUUUCCUGUGGGUGAUGAAGAACGCUGAGAGGAGUCUGAUCCAGCGCUGGACUGUAGACAUGCCGUCAGCACAGCUCAACAGACUGCUAGAACUACUCACCAUCUGUGUUUCCUGCUUUGAGUACAGGGUAAGAAUGUCUGCGCCCUGCAUGGAGUACAUACCUAAUUAAUGUGUGUAAAUAUUAUGUACAUUUAUCUUAUUCUCAUUGCGUGUGUGUGCAUGCCUCUGCAUUUGUGUAUGUGUGGUGCAGGGGAAGCAGAGCAGUGAUAAGGUGAGCACCCAGGCCUUACAGAAGUCCCAGCAGGCCAAGAUGCAGCUGGAGGACUCCCUACUGAGGGGCAUCGGAGCACGGGGGGAAAUGAUGCGGCGGGUUGGAGGUCAGUCCCACCCACUACUCUCUCUGAUUGGUCAGAAGUAGCUACAUGCACAAUACACGUCUUAUAAGUAUAUCUCCUGAAGAGCAGCUGAGAAGGGGAGGAUGGUAAUCCUAGGCUGCUUUUUGAUUGAACGAGAGCCUGCCUGCCCUCUUAUCCCUGACCUUUGACCCUGACAGGAAGUGACCGUGCAGGUCAGAGAGAGAACCUACGCUGGAGGAAAGACCUGACGCAGUGGAGGCAGACCAACGACAGACAAGACAAGUGAGUUAGACACACACACUCUCUCUCUCUCACACACACAUAGGUACAGAUGCAAUUCUUGCAAACAUGUAUUACUCAUCUCUCCUGGUAACUAUGGAGCAGAAGACCGAUUGUCAGGCAGUGUCUUCUGAAGAGAAUGCCAAGGAAGAGAACCCAUAGAGUUAGAAAGAGGUCUCAUCUUUGUAUCUGUGCCUUUUACCCUCAGAACGAAAGCAGAGCUGGACCAGGAGGCUCUCAUCAGUGGGAAUCUGGCUACUGAGUCCAACCUCAUCGUCCUGGACCUACUGGAGACCAUAGUACAGGUCACAACAUAUUUCUCCUUAUGGUUUCUCUCUCUCUCUCUCUCUCUCUCUCUCUCUCUCUCUCUCUCUCUCUCUCUCUCUCUCUCUCUCUCUCUCUGGUGGUGUUUGAGAUUGACUGCAUUGUAGUCGGCGACUGCAGACUGACUGUUCUACAAAUGGCCUUUAAUCCUUAAUAACUACUGAUUAUUUGUAGAUCAGUCUGUCACCAUAUACUCACAAUGCUUUAUGAAUUUGAUACUCUCUCGAACAUGGCCUACGUCACAAUGUCCUCUCUAGUUCCAUUGGCUGACAGUAUUCUUUCUCUCACUUGUGGUUGGUUGUCUUGACUGUCUGUCUCCCGUACAGGCUGUUCCAUUGGCUGACUGUAAGGACAGUGUAGUGGGCGGUGUGUUGAGGGUGUUGCUACACUGUCUCACCUGCAACCAGAGUACAACCUUCCUGUCUCACUGCUUCAGCACGCUUCGAGCACUCAUCGUCAAGGUAGGGUGUGUGUGUGUACACACAAUAUGUACUGACAGUAUUGUGUGUUUGUGUGCUGCGUGCGUGUUUGUAUACUGACAGUACUGUGUGUGUGUAGUUUGGUGACAUGUUGUUUGAAGAGGAAGCCGAGCAGUGUGCAGACCUGUGUCAGAAGGUGCUCCAGCACUGUAGCAGUCAUGUGGAUGGAAACAGAAGCCAGGCCUGCGCUACCCUGUACCUCAUCAUGAGAUACAGCUUCAGCUCGGCCAACGUGAGUACACACACACUGAUUCCGUCUCAUCCGUUUUCCUCUACCACCCAGCUUUAAUGUCUUUUCCAUGUCUAUUUUGAGCUCAGUGGGAAAAUUUGCUGAAUUAUGUGUUUCUGGGUGCUGAGAAGUGAACAGGGAGAUAUGUCACUGUCUACCCCCUGUGUCCCUGCCGUUUCUGUAAGUACUGUGCGAGUUAGAAAAAGGGAGAGUGAGAGGGGGAGGUGAGAUGGGGAGUGUGAGGGCGAGGGAAAUAAAUAACAUUUUCUGAUCUUCUCCCCUCUUGGCACAAUCUCUAAUUAAGUGAAUGGCCUUUACCCCUCUUUUUUCCAUAGCUGUGAUGUGGAGGAACAUAGUAUCCAUCUGAGUCAUGUUUAUCUCCUUCACCCAGUCUUUGUUUGUUUUCAUCCCCCUCAAUGUCUCUCCAUAUCAGAUUAGCAUCUGAAUAAAACCAUGAAGCAGGUUCAUAUUCAUUAGUGCACACCGUUGCAAAACGUAGCCAAACGUGUUGCCACAAGUUUCUUAUUGGACAAGUUCAGGUAGUCCCUCCCUGUGUCGGUCCAUUUUCUUCCGUUUGGUUCCUAGUGAAAAAGACCACGGUUUUUCCAGGGAGGACACAGAUGAGAAGAGAACGAGUGAAAGAGAGGAGGGAGGAUGGUGAAUGAGAGUUUUUGAUGGAUUGCCAGGGCAGAGUUGAAGUGAGGCCAUCUUUCGGGAUGAUGGUGGAGAGAUAGAGGGUAGGAAGAGGGAGGGGAGAUGGAGACAGUGAGGGGAUGACAGAGUGGAAAGAGAAAGGGAGAGAGAAUGGAGAGAAAGGAGAAGGAGUGAGGCCAUCGGUCAGAGUGAUAGAGUCCCCCACACAAGGACAACACACACACACAUACACACACAAACGUAUAUACACACACACACACACAUUGUAUCAAUGCCAGUGAUGUCCGUUUAGGCCCUGGCUCCACGCUGGGUUUAACAGAAUGGGGCCGUAGAGAUGAUCCAUAGGUGAUUAUGUCUCAGCUAAUGGGAGAUCGUUUCUCGCUUUGCUGCUGAUGGUGGAAAUAGAUGGGGUUACAUACACACACUCACACUCACACACACACAACCAUGUCAGGGUUAAGCCUUCAAUUACCUGGAGGAGACUGUGUGCCACCCUUAGCAACAACUGGACUGACCUAGAAAGAAGAAGAAGGAUGGAGAGAUAGAAAGGGACAGAGAGGGCUAGACCUGGACCGAGAGGGCUAGACCUGGACCGAGAGGGACAGACCUGGACCGAGAGGGACAGACCAGGCUAGACCUGGACAGAGAGGGACAGACCAGGCUAGACCUGGACCGAGAGGGACAGACCUGGACCGAGAGGGACAGACCGGGCCAGACCUGGACCGAGAGGGACAGACCUGGACAGACCUGGACAGAAGGGGCCAGACCUGGACAGAGACGCAACCUGGACAGAGAAGCGGAGCCAGACCUGACAAGAGACGGGACGACCGACCUAAGAGACAGAGACAGACGACCGAAGACAGACCGCUACCAGACAGAGACCUAGACGACCUAGAGACAGAAGCAGACCUGACGAGACGCAGACCCUAGAGGCAGACCUGACAGAUAGAGCAGACCUAGACAGAGCAGACCUAGAGGCAAGACCUAGAGACCGACGAGACCGACAACCUAGAGACAGAGAACGACAGACCGACAAGAGCGGACAGACCUAGAGAGCAGACAGACAGACCUAGAGACAGACGACGAACACACCUAGAGACCAGACCGACCUACGAAGAGACCAGACAGACCUAGAGAGCAGAGACAGACGACCUAGAGAGACAGACAGACAGCCUAGAGAGACCAGAGACGAUGACAGAGACACGACCUACAAGAGGACACGACCUAAGCAGAGACCAGACCUACACAGAGACCGACCUAACAGAGACCAGACCCAACAGAGCCUAGACCGACCUAACAGAGACCUAGACCGGACAGAGACCGACCUACCAGAGACCGACCACACAAGACCGACCUAACAGAGACCACCUACAACAGAGACAGACCUACACAGACAGACCGACCGACCUAACAGAGACGACCUAGACAGACGAGACCGACCUAGACAGAGACCUGACCCUAGACAGAGACGACCUAGACAGAGACACCUAACCGAACCCUAGAACCACCACCAGACCGACCUAACAGAGACCUAACCAGAGACCGACCUAGACAGAGACCGACCUAGACAGAGACCGACCUAGACAGCCCUAGACCGCCUAGACCAGAGACCGACAGACUACACGCACCUACAGACCGACAACGAGACAGACACCUAGAGAACAGAGACAGACCUAGACAGAGACACCUAGAGACCGACCAACAGACCUAGAGAGACACUAGACCGACCAGACAAACCCUAUGAGAGACAGAGACAGACGACCUAGAGAGACAGAGACACAGACCUAGAGAGACAGAGACAGACAGACCUAGAGAGACAGAGACAGACAGACCUAGAGAGACAGAGACAGACAGACCUAGAGAGACAGAGACAGACAGACCUAGAGAGACAGAGACAGACAGACCUAGAGAGACAGAGACAGACAGACCUAGAGAGACAGAGACAGACAGACCUAGAGAGACAGAGACAGACAGACCUAGAGAGACAGAGACAGCAGACCUAGAGAGACAGACCGAGACGACCAGACCUAGAGAGACGAGACAGACGACCUAGAGAGACGAACAACAGACCGGAGAGACGACAGACGGCACAGAGAGACGGACCGACCCGAGAGACGAGACGACGACCAGAGAGACGGACCGACCGGCCGAGAGAGACGGACCCACCGGCCGAGAGAGACAGAGACAGACGGGCCUAGAGAGACAGAGACAGACGGGCCUAGAGAGACAGAGACAGACGUGGACAGAGACACCUAGACCUAGAGAGGCAGACCUAGACAGAGACCUAGACCGAGACCUAGACCGACCUAGACAGAGACCUAAUCCGACCUAGACAGAGACCUAGACCGACCUAGACAGAGACCUAGACCGACCUAGACAGAGACCUAGACCGACCUAGACGGAGACCGACCUAGACGGAGACCUAGACCGAGACCUAGACCGACCUAGACAGAGACCUAGACCGACCUAGACAGAGACCGACCUAGACUGAGACCUAGACCGACCUAGACAGAGACCUAGACCGACCUAGACAGAGACCGACGUAGACGGAGACCGACCUAGACAGAGACCGACCUAGAGAGACAGACCUAGACAUAGACACCGAAACAGCCCGAGACCUAGACAGAGACAGACCUAGACAGAGACACCUAGACCGACCUAGACAGACCUAGAGAGACAGAGCCAGACCGACCUAGAGAGACAGAGCCAGACCGACCUAGAGAGACAGAGCCAGACCGACCUAGAGAGACAGAGACCUAGACCGACCUAGAGAGACACAGACCCAGACCGACCUAGAGAGACAGAGACACCUAGACCGACCUAGAGAGACACUAGACGCUAAGAGACGGCCUAGAGAGACGCCUGAGAAGACGAGAGAGACAGACCUAGACACCGAAGCAAACCGAGACCUAGACAGACAGACCGACCUAGACAGAGACAGACCUAGACACGACUAGACCUAGAGACCAACUAGAGACCUAGAAGACGACUGAGCCUAGAGAGACAGAGCCUAGAGAGACAGACCUAGAACGAGAGACAGACAGACGAGACAGAACAGACACUAGAGAGACAGACCUAGACAUGAGACGAGACCUAGACGACGCCUAGACACGAGACGACCUAGAGAGACAGAGACCUAGACAGAGACACCUAGACCGACCCAGACAGAGACAGACCUAGAGAGACAGACGACCUAGACAGAGACGAGAACCUAGAGAGACAGACAGACCUAGAGAGACAGAGACGACCUAGAGAGACGCCUAGAGACGACAGACCUAGAGAGACAGACGCCUAGAGCAGACAGACCUAGAGACACCGAAACACCUAGACAGAGACCAGACCUAGAGAGACAGAGACCGACCUAGACAAGACAGACCUAGAGACAGAGACAGACAGAGACAGACCUAGACACAGACUGACCUAGAGAGACAGACACACCUAGAGAGACGGACAGACCUAGAAGGACAGAGACAGACCUAGAGAGACAGACCUAGAGAGACAGACCUAGACAGAGACAGACCUAGACCGACCUAGACAGAGACAGACCUAGAGAGACAGAGACAGACCUAGAGAGACAGAGACAGACCUAGAGAGACAGAGACAGACCUAGAGAGACAGAGACAGACCUAGAGAGACAGAGACAGACCUAGAGAGACAGACCUAGACAGAGACGCCUAGAGAGACGGGCCUAGAGAGACGGAGAGAGUCACACACAGGCGUGCAAGUAGUAGACCAACAGAUAGACACUUAAAGGGGAAUAUUUACAACCCCAAAGUCUACUUUAUUAGCCAAUACACGACUGAACAAUGUCAUAUCAUUCUUUAAUAUGUGCUUUUUAUAGCUUGCUUUUUAUGAAUACAGCCAGCCAUGUUAAUAAAACUGUAACGUUAACCAUUGUUACUGUCCUGAACAUCUCUAAAACUAAAAGCGUUGUAUUUGGUACAAAUCAUUCCCUAAAGUUGUAGACCUCAGCUGAAUCUGGUAAUGAAUAAUGUGGCUGUUGAGCAAGUUGACUGUCAUAGUCAAAACAAAUAGAUUCAAUGGUUGUAAAGAUGGGGAGCGGUCUCUCCGUGAUAAAGAGAUGCUAUGCUUUUUUGACACCACACUCCACAAAGCAAGUCCUGCAGGCUCUAGUUUUAUAUCUUUAUUAUUGUAUGUAAUAGGGUGCAAUUUGGGUCUCGGUCACCCCUAACCCCUGAUACUCAUGCCUGUCCCUGUCUCCCUCCCUGUGUAGAACUUCUCCCGGGUGAAGAUGCAGGUGACCAUGUCUCUAGCCUCUCUGGUGGGGAAGUCAGAGGACUUCCAUGAGGAGUACCUCCGCAGGUCCCUACGCACCAUACUGGCCUACGCAGAGGAGGACACGGAGAUGCAGAACACACCUCUUCUCUCACAGGUAACACACAUGCGCGCACACACACAGACUGAGGUAAUGCCAUUCACAAACAUGUUGAUAUCAACUAACAACAACAAGAUAACUCAUGUAAAACAUACUGUGUCCAUAAUAAGUAUGUAGGUUAUAGGUUAAGAGCACAGUUUGAAAGAUAUGGCAUAUACAGUGAGGGAAAAAAUAUUUUGAUCCCCUGCUGAUUUUGUACGUUUGCCCACUGACAAAGAAAUGAUCAGUCUAUAAUUGUAAUGGUAGGUUUAUUUUAACAUUGAGAGACAGAAUAACAACAAAUUGAUUUGCAUUUUAAUGAGGGAAAUAAGUAUUUGACCCCCUCUCAAUCAGAAAGAUUUCUGGCUCCCAGGUGUCUUUUAUACAGGUAACGAGCUGAGAUUAGGAGCACACUCUUAAAGGGAGUGCUCCUAAUCUCAGUUUGUUACCUGUAUAAAAGACACCUGUCCACAGAAGCAAUCAAUCAAUCAGAUUCCAAACUCUCCACCAUGGCCAAGACCAAAGAGCUCUCCAAGGUUGUCAGGGACAAGAUUGUAGACCUACACGCUGGAAUGGGCUACAAGACCAUCGCCAAGCAGCUUGGUGAGAAGGUGACAACAGUUGGUGCGAUUAUUCGCAAAUAAUAGCUGUAUAAUUUAAAUGGUAGGUUUAUUUGAACAGUGAGAGACAGAAUAACAACAAAAAAAUCCAGAAAAACGCAUGUCAAAAAUGUUAUGAAUUGAUUUGCAUUUUAAUGAGGGAAAUAAGUAUUUGACCCCUCUGCAAAACAUGACUUAGUACUUGGUGGCAAUCACAGAGGUCAGAAGUUUCUUGUACUUGGCCACCAGGUUUGCCCAAGUCAUUAAGGUUUCGACCCAUUUUCAAUGCCCUGGCUGAGGGAAGGAGGUUCUCACCCAAGAUUUGACGGUACAUGGCCCCGUCCAUCGUCCCUUUGAUGCGGUGAAGUUGUCCUGUCUCCUUAGCAGAAAAACACCCCCAAAGCAUAAUGUUUCCACCUCCAUGUUUGACGUGGGGAUGGUGUUCUUGGGGUCAUAGGCAGCAUUCCUCCUCCUCCAAACACGGCGAGUUGAGUUGAUGCCAAAGACCUCAAUUUUGGUCUCAUCUGACCACAACACUUUCACCCAGUUCUCCUCUGAAUCAUUCAGAUGUUCAUUGGCAAACUUCAGACAGGCCUGUAUAUGUGCUUUCUUGAGCAGGGGGACCUUGCGGGCGCUGCAGGAUUUCAGUCCUUCACGGCGUAGUGUGUUACCAAUUGUUUUCUUGGUGACUAUGGUCCCAGCUGCCUUGAGAUCAUUGUCAAGAUCCUCCCGUGUAGUUCUGGGCUGAUUCCUCACCGUUCUCAUGAUCAUUGCAACUCCACGAGGUGAGAUCUUGCAUGGAGCCCCAGGCCAAGGGAGAUUAACAGUGCUUUUGUGUUUCUUCCAUUUGCGAAUAAUCGCACCAACUGUUGUCACCUUCUCACCAAGCUGCUUGGCGAUGGUCUUGUAGCCCAUUCCAGCCUUGUGUAGGUCUACAAUCUUGUCCCUGACAUCCUUGGAGAGCUCUUUGGUCUUGGCCAUGGUGGAGAGUAUGGAAUCUGAUUGAUUGAUUGCUUCUGUGGACAGGUGUCUUUUAUACAGGUAACAAACUGAGAUUAGGAGCACUCCCUUUAAGAGUGUGCUCCUAAUCUCAGCUCGUUACCUGUAUAAAAGACACCUGGGAGCCAGAAAUCUUUCUGAUUGAGAGGGGGUCAAAUACUUAUUUCCCUCAUUAAAAUGCAAAUCAAUUUAUAACAUUUUUGACAUGCAUUUUUCUGGAUGUUUUUGUUGUUAUUCUGUCUCUCACUGUUCAAAUAAACCUACCAUUAAAACUAUAGACUGAUCAUUUCUUUGUCAGUGGGCAAACGUACAAAAUCAGCAGGGGAUCAAAUACUUUUUUCCCUCACUGUAUGAAAACUUAGGACACUAAAGAGCCUUUCUACUGACUCUGAAAAACACCAAAAGAAAGAUGCCCAGGGUCCCUGCUCAUCUGUGUGAACAUGCCUUAGGCAUGCUGCAAGGAGGCAUGAGGACUGCAGAUGUGGCCAAUAAAUUGCAAUGUCCGUACUGUGAGACGCCUAAGACAGCGCUACAGGGAGACCGGACAGACAGCUGAUCAUCCUCGCAGUGGCAGACCACGUGUAACAACACCUGCACAGGAUUGGUACAUCCGAACAUCACACCUGUGGGGACAGGUACAGGAUGGUAACAACAAUUGUCCGAGUUACACCAGGAACGCACAAUCCCUACAUCAGUGCUUAGACUGUCAGCAAUAGGGUGAGAGAGGCUGGACUGAGGGCUUGUAGGCCUGUUGUAAGGCAGGUGCUCACCAGACAUCACCGGCAACAACGUCGCCUAUGGGCACAAACCCACCGUUGCUGGACCAGACAGGACUGACAAAAAGUGCUCUUCACUGACGAGUCGCGGUUUUGUCUCACCAGGGGUGAUGGUCGGAUUCGCAUUUAUCGUCGAAGGAAUGAGCGUUACACCAAGGCCUGUACUCUGGAGCUGGAUGGAUUUGGAGAUGGAGGGUUUGUCAUGGUCUGGGGCGAUGUGUCACAGCAUCAUUGGACUGAGCUUGUUGUCAUUGCAGGAAAUAUAAACGCUAUGCGUUACAGGGAAGACAUCCUCCUCCCUCAUGUGGUACCCUUCCUGCAGGCUCAUCCUGACAUGACCCUCCAGCAUGACAAUGCCACCAGCCAUACUGCUCGUUCUGUGCGUGAUUUCCUGCAAGACAGGAAUGUCAGUGUUCUGCCAUGGCCAGCGAAGAGCCUGGAUCUCAAUCCCAUUGAGCACGUCUGGGACCUGUUGCAUCGGAGGGUGAGGGCUAGGGCCAUUCCCCCCAGAAAUGUCCGGGAACUUGCAGGUGCCUUGGUGGAAGAGUGGGAUAACAUCUCACAGCAAAAACUAGCAAAUCUGGUGCAGUCCAUGAGGAGGAGAUGCACUGCAGUACUUAAUGCAGCUGGUGGCCACACCAGAUACUGACUGUUACUUUUGAUUUUGACCCCCCCCUUUGUUCAGGGACACAUUCCAUUUCUGUUAGUCACAUGUCUGUGGAACUUGUUCAGUUUAUGUCUCAGUUGUUGAAUCUUAUGUUCAUACAAAUAUUUACACAUGUUAAGUUUGUUGAAAAUAAACGCAGUUGACUGUGAGAGGACGUUUCUUUUUUUGCUGAGUUUAGUAUGUACAGUUGAAGUCGGAAGUUUACAUACACCUUAGCCAAAUACAUUUAAACUCAGUUUUUCCACAAUUCCUGACAUUUAAACCUAGUAAAGAUUCCCUGUCUUAGGUCAGUUAGGAUCACCACUUUAUUUUAAGAAUGUGAAAUGUCAGAAUAAUAGUAGAGAGUGAUUUAUUUCAGCUUUUAUUUCUUUCAUCACAUUCCCAGUGGGUCAGAAGUUUACAUACACUCAAUUAGUAUUUGGUAGCAUUGCCUUUAAAUUGUUUAACUUGGGUCAAACGUUUCGGGUAGUUGUGAUGGCCACUUCAAUACCUUGACUUUGUUGUCCUUAAGCCAUUUUGCCACAACUUUGGAAGUAUCAUUGUCCAUUUGGAAGACCCAUUUGCGACCAAGUUUUAACUUCCAGAAUGAUGUCUUGAUGUUGCUUCAAUAUAUCCACAUAAUUUUCCUUCCUCAUGAUGCCAUCUAUUUUGUGAAGUGCACCAGUCCCUCCUGCAGCAAAGCACCCCCACAGCAUGAUGCUGCCACCCCCAUGCUUCACGGUUGGGAUGGUGUUCUUUGGCUUGCAAGCGUUCCCCUUUUUCCUCCAAACAUAACGAUGGCCAAACAGUUAUAUUUUUGUUUCAUCAGACCAGAGGACAUUUCUCAAAAAAGUAUGAUCUUUGUCCCCAUGGGCAGUUGCAAACCGUAGUCUGGCUUUUUUAUGGCGGUUUUGGAGCAGUGGCUUCUUCCUUGCUGAGCAGCCUUUCAGGUUAUGUCGAUAGAGGACUCGUUUUACUGUGGAUAUAGAUACUUUUGUACCUGUUUCCUCCAGCAUCUUCACAAGGUCCUUUGCUGUUGUUCUGGGAUUGAUUUGCACUUUUCACACCAAAGUACGUUCAUCUCUAGGAGGUCUUGGCUGAUUUUCUUUUGAUUUUCCCAUGAUGUCAAGCAAAGAGGCGCACUGAGUUUGAAGGUAGGCCUUGAAAUACAUCCACAGGUACACCUCCAAUUGACUCAAAUGAUGUCAAUUAGCCUAUCAGAAGCUUCUAAAGCCAUGACAUCAUUUUCUGGAAAUUUCCAAGCUGUUUAAAGGCACAGUCAACUUAGUGUAUGUAAACGUCUGACCCACUGGAACUGUGAUACAGUGGUAGAGCAUGGCGCUUGCAACGCCAGGGUUGUGGGUUCGUUUCCCACGGGGGGCCAGUAUGAAAAUGUAUGCACUCACUAACUGUAAGUCGCUCUGGAUAAGAGGGUCUGCGAAAUGACUAAAAUGUAAUUGUUGGAAAAAUUACUUGUGUCAUGCACAAAAUAGAUGUCCUAACCGACUUGCCAAAACUAUAGUUUGUUAACAAGUAAUGUGUAUGUAAACCUCCGACUUCAACUGUGUAUAUAUAUAUAUAUAUAUAUAUUAGCGAAUAAAAAUAUAUGGGGGAUUGGAAGUGAUGCAGACAAUGACAUUGAUGGAAGUUACAAUCUAUCUGCAAUAUUAAAGCUGAUCUACCCCCUAAAAAAUAAAAAUAAAUAAAGAAUAAACAUGUUGAUAUCGACCCAAGCCUGUGUGUGUGCAUGUGUGUAGGUUGAUGAGCUGCUGAGGAACCUGAACAGUAUCCUGUCAGACACGGUGAAGAUGAGAGAGUUCCAAGAAGACCCAGAGAUGCUCAUGGACCUCAUGUAUAGGUACACAUACACACGCACUCCAGCUUUAUGUCUCUAUGUGUGUUGUGCUCCUGGGUCUAUUUCUCUGUGGUUUGGUUGUUUCUCCUCUGUUUGUUCCUCACUAUGGAAACCAUGUGGUAGCAGUUUGGUACAGUGAUCUGGGUUUUUGUAUAGACAGUAAAUACAUACACUUUGUUUGUGUGGGUGUGAAUGCAUACUCUCUCAGUGCAUGUGUCAUCUGCUUACAUUCUGCAUCUGUAAAAGGUCAUUAAAGCUAAAAUGUACAUUUGGCUACCUAAAACUGACCCCCAGCCCUCCUCACCCCAAAUCAGGGCUAGGGGACAGGGGUUGGUUUGGAAUUCAGCAUCACUCACACACUUCCUCCCUCCCUCCGUCUCCAGGAUAGCGAAAGGUUACCAGACGUCUCCUGACCUGAGGUUGACCUGGCUGCAGAACAUGGCGGAGAAACACAAGAACAGGAAGUGUUUUACAGAGUCUGCCAUGUGUCUGGUCCACGCUGCAGCCCUGGUUGCUGAAUACCUCAGCAUGCUAGAGGACCACAAAUACCUACCUGUGGGCAGUGUCACCUUUCAGGUGGGUACCUAUACUGUACACGCACAAACAAUACUUAUUCUGGAAAUGUUGGUAUGUUGACUGUGGCCAGAAGGGGGAACUGUUCACUGAAAACGUAAUAUAUUGAUCGCUUCAUUGUUUGGCUGGUAUCUUGGUUAAUCACUUUGUGACAAAUGUUUUUGUAAAAAACGCUAUAUCAGUAAUAGUUGAUUGGUUGGUUGGUUGGUUGGUUGAUUCCCUUUUGUAAUAUGCUGGAUGAAUCUGAUUGGUUAGUUUAUUGAUUGAUGAAUUCCAUUUGUAACAUGCUUGAUGAGUGAUUGGUUGAUUGAUUGAUUUCUUGGUUGAUUGGUUGUAUAGAACAUCUCUCCCAACGUUCUGGAGGAGUCGGCAGUGUCAGAUGACAUCCUGUCCCCAGACGAAGACGGGGUCUGUUCAGGACGAUACUUCACCACCAGUGGUUUGGUGGGCCUACUGGAGCAGGCUGCAGAACUCUUCAGCAACGUACGUCUCUCUCUCUCUCACACACACACACACACACACACACACACACACACACCCACACACUGAGGGGAGGACAUGCGUAUGCUAAAUAAUGGUUCUGCUGCACUUACAUAAACACACAUCAAUAGAACACCUUUGGGAUGAAUUGGAACGCCAACUGUGAGCCAGACCUAAUCGCCCCAACAUCCGUGCCCGACCUCACUAACGCUCUUGUGGCUGAAUGGAAGCAAAUCCCCUGCAGCAAUGUUCCAACAUCUAGUGGAAAACCUUCCCAGAAGAGUGGAGGCUGUUAUCGCAGCAAAGGGGGGGGACUAUCUCCAUAUUAAUGCCCAUGAUUCUGGAAUGAUAUGUUCGACGAGCAUGUGUCCGCACACUUUUGGCCAUGUAGUGUAUGUUGUGAGUGUCGUUGCUGUUGUUUUCAGGGUGGUCUUUAUGAGGCAGUGAAUGAGGUGUAUAAGAUCAUUAUGCCUAUCCUGGAGGCUCACAGAGAUUUCCGGGAGCUGGGCUCCGCUCACCACAAACUGCAGAGAGCCUUCGACUACAUCAUUCAGAAGGUACAGACAGCAGCAUGGACUACUGUUUAUGAAGGGCUUACAGUCACAGUACAUAUGAAGUGUUUACAAUUAUGGUGAAAUGCUUACAAUUACAAUAGCACAUGUUUUUUGUUAAAAGACUCAAUACUGAGUCUCUUUCAUUAUGUGUUUCUCUUGUUGUCCCAGGGCCAUAAGAGGAUGUUUGGGACAUAUUUCCGGGUGGGUUUUUAUGGGGCCAAGUUUGGAGACCUGGACGAACGAGAGUUUGUUUACAAGGAGCCAGGGAUCACCCACCUGCCAGAGAUAUCCCACAGACUGGAGGUAAGAGAGUGCGUGUAUGUGUUUGUUUGCGCACCCUUGUGUACAUGCUUUUACUGUAAGGAUAUGAGUAGUGUAUCUAUUCAUAUGAGUAGUGUAUCUAUUCAUAUGAGUAGUGUAUCUAUUCAUAUGAGUACUGUAUGCAUUGCUGUUGUAGAACUUCUACAGUCAGUGUUUUGGAGAUGCCCUGGAGAUGAUCAAAGACUCCAAAGACAUAGACAGGAGCAAACUAGAUGCUAACAAGGUACAGUAUGACACUACACCACCAAGUCAUCCACACUGUGUUCCUGCUGUGUCCCGUUUGACUACCUUCUCUGACUUGCAUAAUGUCCAAUUAUUGAGAGGAACCCAAACAACUAGAUGCAUCUCUUCUUCUUCUCUCUUUCUCCACCUCCUUCUCUCCCUCCCUCUCUUUCUUUCUCUGCACUUCCUUCUCUUUCCUCCCUCUCCCUCUCCCUCCCUCCCUCCCUCCCUCCCCCAGGCCUACAUCCAGAUCACCUAUGUGGAGCCCUUCUUUGACGAUUAUGAGAUGAAAAACCGCCUGACCAACUUUGAGAAGAACUUCAACCUGCGUCGCUUCAUGUACACUACACCCUUCACCAAGGCCGGGCGGCCGCGCGGCGAACUCAACGAGCAGUACAAGAGGAAGACCAUCCUCACCACCAUGCACGCCUUCCCCUACAUCAAGACACGCAUCAACGUCAUCCAGAAAGAAGAGGUAUGCUGGUAGAACAAAGCGUAUUCAGACACAGCUUCUCAAUGCUGGGUUCCUCUUUGCCUUUUGGUCGUUACUGACUUUUAGGCAAAAAUACUGAUAUUUUUAUCUCUCCAAAUCUAACUCGUACCCUCCCCCUUUCAAUAUCCUCCCUCUAACCUCCCCCCUCCUCCCAUCUCCAGUUUGACCUGACUCCCAUUGAGGUGGCCAUCGAGGACAUGCAGAAGAAGACCAGGGAGCUAGCGGUAGCCACACACAGGGAGCAGCCCGAUGCUAAGAUGCUCCAGAUGCUUCUACAGGGCUCUGUGGGAGCCACCGUCAACCAGGUACCUCCAGCCACCUGUCAUGGCCCCUUAGAAAGGAGAUGUUUUCCUGCCUCUCAACUUUUGCAUUGGCAGUUUAACAUAGAACUAUUGCUGACUUAUUACUGUUACUCAAUUAUUGAAAGUUACUCAUCGACUCCACACAACAAAUAAAGACAAAAACCAGUGUGAAAAGCCAACGGACGUGGUUGCAUAGUGUAUAUAGUAGGUAAUCGUUGUAUUCUCCUGAAUCCUCCUGAAUCUAGAGGAAACAUCCAGUCUUUAUUUGGAACGGCAAGCCAGACAAAAUUAAACGGGCCUAUUUAUAUAAUGAAUAUGAAUUCGGAGGACAGAAAUUAUUAAAUAUUAAAGCAUUAGACCUAUCACUAAAAGCUUCAGUCAUACGAACUGGUUCUCUAGCAAAUUAGUAAGAUUGUCUCACCCAAUGUUCAAGAAUGGCCUUUUUCCCUUUAUUCAGAUUACAACCGCUCACUUUCAGUUAUUUGAAAAGGAAAUCAUCUCCCAAAUAUCACUAUUUCUAAAACAAGCCAUAGAAAGUUGGUUGCAAUUUCAAUUUAAUCCUCCAGGAACGACAGAACAAAUAAUGCAACAAAUAUUGUGGUUAAACUCAAAUAUACUAAUUGACAAAAAACCUUUUUUUUUGACAAAAUGUUUAAAAAAGGUAUAAUCUUCGUAAAUGAUAUCAUCGGUAGGACUGGAGUUAUGUCGCACAUGCAGCUAACAAAAACAUAUGGAAAUGUCUGCUCUACCCAAAAUUACAACCAAAUAAUUGCAGCCUUACCGCAAAAAUGGAAGAGGAAAGUGGAAGGGGGAGAAAGUAAGGAACUUGUCUGUCGGCCUUGCAUUAAAGAACAUAAUUGGUUAAAGAAAACUGUGAUAAAUAAAAAAGUAUACCAGUUUUAUUUAAGGACCAAAGGAUUGACAGCCGUCCCAUAUAGAUUGCAAAAUAGUUGAAGAGAUUUUUGACUACCAAUCCCAUGGCAUAGUGUUUAUGAACUGAUACGCAAAACGACACCGGAUUCAAAACUUAGAAUCUUUCAAUUUAAAUUAUUAUAUAGAAUUCUUGCUACCAAUAGAAUGUUAUUUAUAUGGGAGAUACAAUCUUCCCAGCUCUGCAGAUUUUGCUGCGAAGAGACCGAAUCAUUAGAUCAUUUGUUUUGGUACUGUCCAUUUGUAGCUUGUUUUUGGACACAGGUCCAGGAAUGGCUAAAGGAUUGCAAUAUUUACCUGGAGCUAACCUUGCAGAUAGCCUUACUGGGUGAUCUGAAAAGUCAUAGUCAAUCGAUCAAUAAUAUAAUAAUACUUUUAUCAAAAAUGUUUAUUUACAAUUUGUAGAAACAAUGAGAAUAGAAGGGUUCAGAACUUUUGUAAAACAUCACAGUACAGUUAAAAAAUAUAUGGCAAAUAGAAAUCCUAUAUGGAUGGUGUUAAGAGAUAGAUUGGUGGUGUUGAAUGGAGUUGAAGGAUGGGACUAAUAACAACUAACAACAACUAAUAACAAGAUAACUAAUAAUGUAAGCAUACUGUGUCCAUAAUAAGUAUAUAAGUUGUAGGUUGGGAGCUUUUGUGAAAGAGCACAGUUAGAAAGAUAUGGCAUAUAGAAGCAAACCGGAUGGACAUCAUGAAAAUGAUCAGAGAGGUUGAGAGUAGAAGAGGUUUAGGAGAAAAAACUAAUAAAAUAUCUAUUGUAAAAUUGACUGUGUCCAUAAAAUGUAUAUAGUAAGUAUAAGCUGGAAGUAGAUGCCUGAGCAUUGUUGUUCACUAGUUUACUCCAAUUAGGGAAAGGGUGGUGGGGUUGGAAAGUAAUAAAGGGAAUAUAUAUUUUUUUUAAAGGAUAUGUACAGUGGGGAGAACAAGUAUUUGAUACACUGCCGAUUUUGCAGGUUUUCCUACUUACAAAGCAUGUAGAGGUCUGUAAUUUUUAUCAUAGGUACACUUCAACUGUGAGAGACGGAAUCUAAAACAAAAAUCCAGAAAAUCACAUUGUAUGGUUUUUAAAUAAUUAAUUUGCAUUUUAUUGCAUGACAUAAGUAUUUGAUCACCUACCAACCAGUAAGAAUUCCGGCUCUCACAGACCUGUUAGUUUUUCUUUAAGAAGCCCUCCUCUUCUCCACUCAUUACCUGUAUUAACUGCACCUGUUUGAACUCGUUACCUGUAUAAAAGACACCUGUCCACACACUCAAUCAAACAGACUCCAACCUCUCCACAAUGGCCAAGACCAGAGAGCUGUGUAAGGACAUCAGGGAUACAAUUGUAGACCUGCACAAGGCUGGGGUGGGCUAUAGGACAAUAGGCAAGCAGCUUGGUGAGAAGGCAACAACUGUUGGCGCAAUUAUUAUAAAAUGGAAGAAGUUCAAGAUGACGGUCAAUCACCCUCGGUCUGGGGCUCCAUGCAAGAUCUCACCUCAUGGGGCAUCAAUGAUCAUGAGGAAGGUGAGGGAUCAGCCCAGAACUACACGGCAGGACCUGGUCAAUGACCUGAAGAGAUCUGGGACCACAGUCUCAAAGAAAACCAUUAGUAACACACUACGCCGUCAUGGAUUAAAAUCCUGCAGCGCACACCAAUGACCAUCUGGAUGAUCCAGAGGAGGAAUGGAAGAAGGUCAUGUGGUCUGAUGAGACAAAAAUAGAGCUUUUUGGUCUAAACUCUACUCGCCGUGUUUGGAGGAAGAAGAAGGAUGAGUACAACCCCAAGAACACCAUCCCAACCGUGAAGCAUGGAGGUGGAAACAUCAUUAUUUGAGGAUGCUUUUCUGCAAAGGGGACAGGACGACUGCACCGUAUUGAGGGGAGGAUGGAUGGGGCCAUGUAUCGCGAGAUCUUGGCCAACAACCUCCUUCCCUCAGUAAGAGCAUUGAAGAUGGGUCGUGGCUGGUUCUUCCAGCAUGACAACGACCCGAAACACACAGCCAGGGCAACUAAGGAGUGGCUCCGUAAGAAGCAUCUCAAGGUCCUGGAGUGGCCUAGCCAGUCUCCAGACCUGAACCCAAUAGAACAUCUUUGGAGGGAGCUGAAAGUCCGUAUUGCCCAGCGACAGCCCCGAAACCUGAAGGAUCUGGAGAAGGUCUGUAUGGAUGACUGGGCCAAAAUCCCUGCUGCAGUGUGUGCAAACCUGGUCAAGAACUACAGGAAACGUAUGAUCUCUGUAAUUGCAAACAAAGUAUUCUGUACCAAAUAUUAAGUUCUGCUUUUCUGAUGUAUCAAAUACUUAUGUCAUGCAAUAAAAUGCAAAUUAAUUACUUAAAAAUCAUACAAUGUGAUUUUCUGGAUUUUUGUUUUAGAUUCCGUCUCUCACAGUUGAAGUGUACCUAUGAUAAAAAAUUACAGACCUCUACAUGCUUUGUAAGUAGUAAAACCUGCAAAAUCAGCAGGGUAUCAAAUACUUGUUCUCCCCACUGUAUGUGUAUGUACAGUGAGGGGAAAAAAGUAUUUGACCCCCUGCUUAUUUUGUACGUUUGCCCACUGACAAAGACAUGAUCAGUCUAUAAUUUUAAUGGUAGGUUUAUUUGAACAGUGAGAGACAGAAUAACAACAAAAAAGUCCAGAAAAACGCAUGUCAAAAAUGUUAUAAAUUGAUUUGCAUUUUAAUGAGGGAAAUAAGUAUUUGACCCCUCUGCAAAACAUGACUUAGUACUUGGUGGCAAAACCCUUAUUGGCAAUCACAGAGGUCAGACAUUUCUUGUAGUUGGCCACCAGGUUUGCACACAUCUCAGGAUGGAUUUUGUUCCACUCCCCUUUGCAGAUCUUCUCCAAGUCAUUAAGGUUUCGAGGUUGACGUUUGGCAACUCGAACCUUCAGCUCCCUCCACAGAUUUUCUAUGGGAUUAAGGUCUGGAGACUGGCUAGGCCACUCCAGGACCUUAAUGUGCUUCUUCUUGAGCCACUCCUUUGUUGCCUUGGCCGUGUAUUUUGGGUCAUUGUCAUGCUGGAAUACCCAUCCACGACCCAUUUUCAAUGCCCUGGCUGAGGGAAGGAGGUUCUCACCCAAGAUUUGACGGUACAUGGCCCCGUCCAUCGUCCCUUUGAUGCGGUGAAGUUGUGCUGUCCCCUUAGCAGAAAAACCACCCCCAAAGCAUAAUGUUUCCACCUCCAUGUUUGACGGUGGGGAUGGUGUUCUUGGGGUCAUAGGCAGCAUUCCUCCUCCUCCAAACACGGCGAGUUGAGUUGAUGCCAAAGAGCUCCAUUUUGGUCUCAUCUAACCACAACACUUUCACCCAGUUCUCCUCUGAAUCAUUCAGAUGUUCAUUGGCAAACUUCAGACGGCCCUGUAUAUGUGCUUUCUUGAGCAGCGGGACCUUGCGGGCGCUGCAGGAUUUCAGUCCUUCACGGCGUAGUGUGUUACCAAUUGUUUUCUUGGUGACUAUGGUCCCAGCUGCCUUGAGAUCAUUGACAAGAUCCUCCCGUGUAGUUCUGGGCUGAUUCCUCACCGUUCUCAUGAUCAUUACAACUCCACAAGGUGAGAUCUUGCAUGGAGCCCCAGGCCGAGGGAGAUUGACAGUUCUUUUGUCUUUCUUCCAUUUGCGAAUAAUUGCACCUUCUCACCAAGCUGCUUGGCGAUGGUCUUGUAGCCCAUUCCAGCCUUGUGUAGGUCUACAAUCUUGUCUCUGACAUCCUUGGAGAGCUCUUUGGCUCUUUGGUCUUGGCCAUGGUGGAGAGUUUGGAAUCUGAUUGAUAGAUUGCUUCUGUGGACAGGUGUCUUUUAUACAAGAGUGUGCUACUAAUCUCAGCUCGUUACCUGUAUAAAAGACACCUGGGAGCCAGAAAUCUUUCUGAUUGAGAGAUGGGGUCAAAUACUUAUUUCCCUCAUUAAAAUGCAAAUCAAUUUAUAACAUUUUUGACAUGCGUUUUUCUGGAUUUUUGUUGUUGUUAUUCUGUCUCUCACUGUUCAAAUGAACCUACCAUUAAAAUUAUAGACUGAUAAUUUCUUUGUCAGUGGGCAAACGUACAAAAUCAGCAGGGGAUCAAAUACUUUUUUCCCUCACUGUAUGUGUGUGUGUAUAUGUGUGUGUGUGUGUAUAUAUAUAUAUAUAUAUAUAUAUAUAUAUAUAUAAACAUGGGGGAUUGGAAGUGAUGCAGACAAUUACAUUGAUGGAAGUUACAAUCUAUCUGCAAUAUUAAGCUGAUCUACCCCCUAAAAUGAACACACAAAAAAAAACAUCCAGUCUAGUAAGUUAACAUGUGAUGAUAAACAGCAGGUGGGAGACAUGACACAUCAAAGAGUUUGGUUCAACACUAACAUAGUCUGUACAGUGCCUCUGCUGAUUCGGUUAAAACUUUAAUUCACAAACUCUCCUUUCAUGUCUGCGCUAAACACAGAAACCCUUUGAUCUGAUGGCUUACAGCUCACGUCAAACGUUGGCUAAACGCUUGAGUAGUUACAACAUCAGGCCCCCGCCCUCUCUUGUAUAGUCUAAUCAGACAGCAGCCCCGCUUUCACCUGCUGUCUGUAUACACAACCUUAAUGUUCACGCCGUCCAUAAACAAACACAGCCCUGGGCCUAAUCAGUAGAGAGGCACAGUUCCCCUCUAUGUAUGUCUGUCUGUCCAUCUGUCAAGGCCCUAGCCUAGCACCUCUGCUUAGAAUGCUCGUCAGGGCUCGUUUGCUAUGCCUGGCGUGACCCGGUGUCACGCGAGCGUGCAGUGGUUUCAUGAUGAAUAUAAGUUAGGAUAACAAGAUCCCGGAGAGGGAAUGAAUGUGAGCCAAAUGGCUGCUUGUAGGCAGGGUUAGUGGUGACAUUACCCACACAGCAGGCCAAUCAGGGUCUCUCUCAUCUGAUCUCUUGGCUGAACAUCGUGGCCUUUGGACAUAUUGGCUGUGUCUCAUAUGGCACCCUGUUCCCUAUGGCCUAUGUAAUAAGCUCUGGUCAAAAGUAGUGUCAUUUGGGCCAUUAUUAAGCCUUCAGUUAGGAAGUAGUUUCCUCUACUGAAAGCAAGGCAUUCAUCAUCCACACUCACACACACUUUCUCCUCCCCCCACGCCUCCGUCUUUCCUCCUUAUACCAUAUCCCUAAAAUAUAGAGAUCUUUCUCUCCCCAUUUUCUCUUCCGCUCCUUCCUCUCUUUUGUUUUUCUCUCCUCUCUCCGCCCACCCUCUCCACUCUCUCCCUCUCUGCUCAUCUCCUCUCCUCCAUCUCUCUUCUCUCUACCGCUUAUCCUUCCCCUCGCAUUCUCUCCUUCUCCUCUCUCUCUCACAUCUCCCUCUCCUCUACCUCCCGCUUCUCCUCCUCUCUCCUACCAGCUCUCCCCUAUUCUCUCUCUCCUCCCUCCCUUCUCUCUCCGCUCUCUCUCCCUCCUGCUCUCUCUCUCUCUCCCGCUCUCUCCCUCCCGCUCUCUCUCUCUCUCCCUCCCGCUCUCUCUCGCUCUCUCCCUCCCGCUCUCUCUCUAUCUCUCUCUCUCUCUCUCUCUCUGUAGGGACCGUUGGAGGUGGCCCAGGUCUUUCUGAAUGAGAUUCCAGCGGACCCCAAGCUCUUCCGUCACCACAACAAACUGCGCCUGUGUUUCAAAGAGUUCAUAAUGAGGUGAGAGAAAUGGUACUGUCGCAUGGUGGAAAUAGAAAAGGACACUAAAAUGGUACUGUCGCAUGGUGGAAAUAGAAAAGGACACUCUCUAAAAUAGUACUGUCACAUGGUGGAAAUAGAAAAGGACACUCUAAAAUAGUGCUGUCGCAUGGUGGAAAUAGAAAAGCAAGCGAAUGACAGUAAAACGAGAUACUGUAUGCAUACAUAGCAUCUCAGUCUUGGUAAAGUGUAAUUACUGGAAUACAUUCAUAGGUGAUACUAAAGGCUAGACGGGUAACUAAAACAUGAUUUAAUACAACACAACAGAGUAUUUCAUUUCCCACUGGGCAUAUGAAUAGAAGUUGUUUUCCCUUUAAUAUCACUCAGCUGUGUUUUGGUUUUGAAUGGAACAGAAAAGUUGAAUUGUUCCCUGGGGAGUUUCAUUUUAUUUGUAAUAUUUAACAAAUAAUUUAAACCAACCGUCUAAACGGAUGAGGCAGGCGAUGUGGUUAUUUGGUCCAGGGUGUGUGUCUCUGUGUGCGAGUGUGUGUCUCGCGUGGGAACGUAUCGUUUGCCUCCGAAAGGUGGCUUUCAUUUUGGAACCCUCAUGCCACAUUCCAACUGCCUUGAUUCCUGCAAGCAGGCUGGCAAAUAUUUACAGUAAUUUCAAAAAUGUUUAUUUUCUUCCAUAAUCCAUGCAAGAUGGCAUGAGCUCCUUAUAGUAUCCUUCUCAUGCUACUACAGUAGUAGCUACACAUCAGCACAUUGGAAGUUUUUCUGGGGGAAGUUAAAUGCUUUUGUUUUCCCCCUUUCUUUCCAGCAGUCCCUAUGCAUUUACCGUAUACUGUUAGGCUAUGCAUUUACCGUAUACUGUUAGAUUACAUUUUCCGUAUUACUUGACCUAAAAGGGGAGAGCAUCAUCGUCUUUCCAUUUCCCUCUCCCUCAUUUGUCUGUCGCCCAUUAUGCAUGUUGUAAUUGUGAAUGCGGGCAGACCCCGCACUGUACCUGUCCUCUGAAAUGAGGUUCAACCUCAGGCUAGUUUGUUUGGUCAUCGGUCAUUCUACUCCCUGCCACUCUCAGCACAGUUCUACAAGACACCCUUUCUUCCUUGAGCAUUCCUGUACUAAAGAGGCAAGGCUCAGAGAAAGAGCCCAAAUCAAAUACAGAUGGACACACAGGUGUUGUUUAAUAAGGUGAAAACAUUUAUACAUUUCAAUGUGAACAGAUUUGGGAUCAAAUCCAUGUUGGUCACAUUGUUAGUUCAGGAAAUUAACUGGAAUCCGUUAAUAGAAAAUAAGGAAAUGAAAUGAAUUUACACUGGAUGCAUGAACAGAAAAAAAAAUAAGAAAGUCCUCAUAAAGAUCACUGACCUGAAAUGACUUUUCAUUGGUGAGUGAUGUAAGGAGAUGAGAGAAGACUUGAGACACAGCCUACAGUAUGUAUUUUCCCCCCUGUUCCUCUAGGUGUGGUGAGGCUGUGGAGAAGAACAAGCACCUGAUCACGAUGGACCAGAAGGAGUACCAGCAGGAGCUGAAGAAGAACUACAACCGUCUGAGAGAGAACCUGCGGCCCAUGCUGGAGAGGAAGAUACCCGAGCUCUACAAACCCAUCAUCAAACCACGCCUGGAGAACAGGUAACUAGUGCAGCGAGGCUUGACUCAUAACCCACAGUCCCCGCGGUUGUAUCCAUGGAGCGGGCGGGUUUAGGGUCAUGAAAUAUUGUGUGGAUGAAGGGCGGGUGGGUGGCGGGCAGGUUGAAUAAAGAGAAAACAAUACAUUAAAAAAUCCAUAAAUGUAUCAUUCUUGUGCAAUUUAUAUCUAUAGGCUACAUUGAAGUUUUUCUUUAAUUAUUUUUAGGCUAUGCCAUUAGUGCAUAAACCAAAGCUUUGGGGCCUAACUUUACGCGUGCCAAAUAGCCUACACACCAAUUGCGAAAACCUUUUGGGAACGGGCAGAAAAAGUGAACAUUGAUCCACUGAGGCAAAAAUGACAAUGUCAGAGUUUAAUUCAAUAAGAGAAAAGCUGCAAAAUGGAGAGUUGAAAAUAUAAGAGAAGGGAGGGCCAGAAAAGUAAUGUUUGGGAAUGAUUUGGUGACGUGGUAAAAGAGGAUGAUAGCAGUGCUGGCUAUGUUAUGUGAUGAUUGUGAGGCGCUAUACAAAUACCACAGUCACAAGACGGGGACUUCAAAUAGGCCUAAGCCACGUCAAGGGAACUGUAGCAUACUGUUCAGAUGGGUUAAAUGGAAACUGAAAUCUGGACACUGACUGUAGGUCGAUAACCUCUCACAUAGCCAUCAUAUUAACUCCUGCAGAAUUUAGCAUUUCCUGCAGUAAAAUGAUACACCAAAUGAACAUUUUGACUCUGGAACAGGAACAGGAGUGGAGAAAUAUGAUUUAUUUCUUUCAGCAUUGAGAGAAUGCGAAUGUGCAGUUAUAUACCGUCUGUAGAGGUGCUAUCUUUAUCAGCAUCAUAAAAUCUGAUAGUAUUUCAACCAUAUAAAAUAUGCAUCCAGGCCGAACUGAAAUCUUAUAAGAAACAUGUUUGGUCGUUCUCACAGCUUUAUAUUUCCUUACAACCAGUCAAACUGAUGUCAUGUGGAUAUUUUGUACAGAAAAUCUUUCCAAUUGUUUUUGUUAGACAAGUUGACUAACAAAUAGCCUACCAAAAUGUCGGAAAUUACAGUAUAAGCAGAAACAUAUCUACACUGAACAAAAUUAUAAAUACAACAUGUAAAGUGGUGGUUCCAUGUUUCAUGAACUGAAAUAAAAAAAUCCCAGAAAUGUUCCAUUUUGCACAAAAAGCUUAUUUAGCAAAAAUGUUGUGUACAAAUGUGUUUACAUCCCUGUUAGUGAGCAUUUCUCCUUUGCCCAGAUAAUCCAUCCACCUGACAGGUGUGGCAUAUCAAGAAGCUGAUUAAACAGCAUGAUCAUUACACAGGUGCACCUUGUGCUGGGUACAAUAAAAUACCACUUUUUGUCCCACAACACAAUGCCACAGAUGUCUCAAGUUUUGAGGGAGCGCGCAAUUGGCAUGCUGACUGCAGGAAUGUCCACCAGAGCUGUUGCUAGAGAAUUGAAUGUUCAACGUCGUUUUAGAGAAUUUGGCAGUACUUCCAACCAACCAGCCUCACAACCACAGAACACGUGUAAUCACGCCAUCCCAGGACCACAUCCUGCUUGAAAUCGAUAGAUUAGGGCCUAAUGAAUGUAUUUUUAAUUGACUGAUUUCCUUAUAUGAACUCCAACUCAGUAAAAUCUUAGAAAUUGUUGCAUGUUGCAUUUAUAUUAUAGGCAACAAAAACAGUGCACCCCCUGUCAAAAAAUGGUUCCGCCAUCUCUGACUGUAGCCUACAGCGCAUUUUCUUUUUUUUGUGAUCAAAUGUUUUUUGUUUAGUAAUAAUAGUCAGCAAACAUGAAUACAUACAUACAAAAUGAAGUUACACCCCCCAUCCCAGUCCCACCCCAUACAUGGUUCAAAAAUAAAUAUGACUAAAAUUACAAAAAUCAAAGCAGCACAUCAUGAUGUGUUUCAGCGGCAAGAAAGCCUUUGGUUCAAAGUGUCUUCUUUAGCUCCAUGAAUCUGAGCAGUAGACAGCUCCAUAUAAAUUACAUCCAAAAAGUGAGGAUUCAUUGAUGGAUAGAGAGUGAGUGUGGAGGCUUCCAUCGAACUGCAACUAAAACAUUGAGCCAUACCUGGAAGGUCUCUUUUCCACAAAGGAUCAAGAGGAAUAGGUUUAUAAGAAGUUGACAGUAAAAAAUGAUACAUUUUGGAAACUAAACUCUUUGUUUUGCUCCUUAAACUCAAAAUCUAUAGGAUGCAGCAUCAAAGCUGACUGCCAAGGUACACCAUGAGCCCUAAGGGCAGACAGACCUAAGCUGUAAAUAAAAGAAAAAUGAUGAGGCAGGUAUAUUAAAACUGUCUUUAAGAUCUUGGAAUGAACGAAGGCCGUCAUCCCAGUAAAUAUCACUUAGUACAUGAAUUCCCCUAUCCAUCCAUUGAGGAACACUUAUUGGUCGACGACUAAGUAAAAUACCCUAGUUGUUGACAAUAGGGGAACCCACAUGCCAUUUACAUGAGAUAUUACAGAAUUGUUCUGUGGUGCGCCAGGUAGUAACCAGCUGUGUUACAAUGGGACCAAAACAAAAAUUGUUUGAUAGAAAUAUUCGAAAAUAAGAGAUCUUGAAAUGCCUACAGCGCAUUUUCUAAAUUUGCGGGUUAGGGUCAGGUGCGGGCCUCCGAUUUUCACUUUAUUACAUAUUGUCGGGCGGAUGGGUUAUUAGCAAUUGCGAGCGGGUGUGGGUGAACAAACCGCUGACCCGCACACCACUACAGGUAACGCAUCAUCAAAGUGUGCCAUGCAGGGUUGAGUCCAGUAGGGACCAAAUGUGAGGGGAGAUGUUUGGGGUAUGUCCCAAAUGCCACCCCAUUCCCUAUUUAGUACAAUAUUUUUGAACAGAAACCUAUGGGCCCUGGUCAAAAGUAGUGCACUAUAUAGGGACUAGGGUUCAUUUGGAACACAACUGAUACCUGAAUCUGUUUCAUAAGAAUGCUUAAUUUAAUGUUUAUCCUAUCAGAAGUACUGUUUUCUUCUGUCUUCUGAAUCUGACAGUUGCUGUGUAGUAUUUUCAUGUUGCCUAUUCCACCAUGCAAAUGUAAUUAAACAGUUUCCUCCUUUCCCUCUAUGCUGUCCCCUUCAAAGGGAUUCCAUCAAACGGCUCAGUUUCCGCAGAGCCCCGGAGGAAAACUCCUGAGACGACCAAACUUAUCUAUCUGAGAGAAUCUCCAGAGGCCGGAGAAGAAAGGAUGUUGUAA